GAAGAAGAGCACCCUCUGGUCCGUCUGGCAUACAGGAAGAAGUUGAAUAAGUCUGAAAAACUGUGCGCUUUCUUGAAAACUCGUCGCCGCUUUUGCACCUUUUUUGCUUCUUUUGCGGCAUCGACUUUAAGAAACGCGGGGCCGGAAGAAUGAACCUGAGGAGGACUGCUGCUGCUGAAGUGGAUCCGCAGUGUUAACGAGUGGAUCACUUCAUAAGUAGAGGAGUAGAAGCCUGUCAGGUCGUUCAUAAAUGGAAAAGCAGGAGUAACCCACGAACAGGGUGAAAAUGUCUGAGCACAGGUCGAGUUUUCUUCACAUUGGAGACAUCGUGUCUCUGUACGCGGAAGGCUCGGUGAAUGGCUUCAUCAGUACUUUGGGGUAAGUUCCUCCUGCCUGCCUGCCUCUCACUUUCCACCCACCGGGAACCUCACAUGAAGUGGGCUAAUCGUCAUAAAAUACCGCUUUCACUUUGCAUCUGGCUCCACUUUGCCCUCUCUUCGUCUGCUCGUGUGCACUUUAAAACGCUAUACUCACAGGUUUAAGUGCUGCUUGUGGUCAGGGCCUGUCAGCGCGCAAAAGCUGCCUCUCAGGAAACUUCUUCACGUUUACGCAAAUGUUACAGGAAUGCAAAGCAGCGUGCUCAGCCAGGUACACAAGCGCUCGUGCUGGAGAUUUGUUUUCUCUAUGACCCUCAAGGUAGGGUCAGGGGACCCAGGAGGUGACACCAAAGGGGGUCAGCACCACUUUCAUAGGUAAAGUCUGAGAGGAGUGUUUCCAUUCAUUUGGAGAAGGUGUGAUCAAUGACCACAGAGCAUGUUUGAUAUUAAAAGGGCACACUCCACAUUCAGUCCCCAGCUGUCAUUUCAAGGAAGGACCACUCAGAUGAGUCACAAGAUGCAUCAGACUGAUCAUAAGAUACUUAUAAUAGGAUGGGAGAGACUAAAAGUCAGGUUUGUCUUUUGUGGAUAGUAGGGCUGGGACGAUAUGCUUUUCUCCCGAUUCGAUUCUUCUACGUUUUUUUGGAUGCCGAUUCGAUUUAAACUGCGAUUCUACGAUAUUGUUGAUUUUCUCGAUAUGUAGUCUGCAUUUUUAACACCAGUGAAACAGUUGAAUGAUUAUGAUUGUCUACUGACUACUCCAGGAACUAUAUUUCCCCAAAAAAUACACAUCACAUUUAAGUCAAUUUUUUAAGAUUUAUUUUUAAUUUGAAGAAAAAAAAAUGAUUUUUGAACAUAAAAAUAAAAAAUAAUUAAAAAUUGUAAAACAAAAAUUCGCAAUACUCAUGUGGAUUGAUUUUUUUCUCCCACCCCGAUUGGAUACUGUGUAGAGGUAAGGGGAGAGUCAUGUUCCUUUGAAGCUGAGACUUUUAAACAUGACUUAAGUUUAAGUAUUAUUAUACGUCACUCUUAAUUCAUGUUUAAGUCUGUGCAGGUACAAUUUCAAGAUUAAAUUUUGAUACACCAUCGUUCCCCACUCAGGAGUGCAAAUAAAUCCACGAGCACCUUGUUUGGCUGUAAGCUGAAGGCUUCAUUGUCAGGUGAAAUGUCUCCCUGGUUCCGGGUGCACUCUGGCCUCUGAGCUUGCAGAACAAGCGUAGAAAGAUCAACUGGCCCUGAGGAAUGAGACUGCCCCACCCACCUUCUCUCCCUUUUUCUUUACCCUCUCUCAUUCCUUCAGCCCACAAGCAGAUAGCAGUUUCAGAACAAGCUCUAAUCCCCUGUGCUGUGGAUCAAAACUAAACAUGCUCAUACCUUGACUUAGAUGCAUGCAUCAGUGUGACCUGGCUCUCUUUUUGCAGUAGUACACAAAGCAAAUCCACUUUAUUACACUGAAAAGCUCCCUGCAUUGUAAAGGCCUGCAGCUUCAGGACAACACACUGAAAAGUUUUAAAUACCAAUCAACCAUUUACCCAGCUCCUGUUGUUAUGAGGCAGAGCAAUUAAACUUAUCAGAAAUGUAAUAACUUCAUUUUAGCAUUUUAACAUAGGACUGGAUUGUGCCAGAGCCUACCGAGGCCCUAGGAGAGCCAAGCAAAGACCCUGCAGGCACUUCUCUGAACUGUCAGCUAAGUGUUAGCUUGACUAUACGAGGCUACUCCUGCUUGUGUUUGCAGUUGAUAACAUAUCUCUGCAUGCUUUACAAUGCAGACAUUCAAAAACCUGAAUGGGCUUCAGCUUUCUUACGAGCCCAAAAGUGAAAUGUACCUCUGAGGUUGUGGAAUGACCUUGAUGGUGGAUUAUAGACAUGUUUUAAAUUCAUGUUUCUCACAGCAGUCAUGCUGGUUACCUCUUCCUGGAUCUGCAAUGCACAGAUAAGAGAUUUGUAACACUAACUCAAACCCUUUAUAAUAACUCCAUCCAUUUUUAAAGUGUUUUUAAGAGUUUUCCAGUUGAAAUAAUGACAGUGUACAUUCACAGGGUAAGUGUAUGACUCAGUGAGAUUACACUGCUGCUGCUUUUCCAGCAGGUUCAAACAUGAAAUUCCAGGGAGUUGUAGUAAAACUCUCUCACUUGUCCACUUUUCUUACAGAUGAGUCACCCUCUUUAAUUUUGCUUAAAAAGCUCUUAACAGAAGAAACGUACCUGACUCCCUGCUCUGCUUUUAUUGUGUCUCGUUUUGUGUUGUUUUCUCAGUUUACUCAACACAAGCUAAAAUUAGCUUUCCUGGGACUGACCUGGCAGAAUUAUCAUUGGUUCAUGUUUAACUCUGUCACAGAGCUAACUCCUGCUCUGGCUGUAAGUGCCGGCCUCUAUUUGAACUGCAGCCCAGCUCUCCGAGGGCUCUAAGGUUACUUAUUUAUUGUUGAGUGUGAGGCUCUGUUCUAGAGCGCCUUCCUGUUUAGCCAUUUAGCACUUUUUCUGCUUCCUGCUGGCCUCUAUUGUUUCUCAUUUAGAUGUAAUCCUGAAAGAGAGUUGGGGGGAAUAAUACGCAGGCUGUGGAUUGACAGUGAUCAGCUACUGGGACAUUAAUAGGAAGCGGCUGAGCUCAGUUCAGCUGGGCUGCCAGCUUUGUAUGAAUUGGAGGAAUUGUGCUUUGCAUUAUGUUUCUCUUCGGUGGCCGGGAUGAAUGGAUGUGCUUGUCCACCUCGGCCUUCUUCGCAAAUAGGAUAAAGGGAAAAGGAUGAUAUGGAGACUUGCAUGUGGACACUUGCAGCUGGUUUAGCAGAGGGUUUUUAGCAGGUUAAAACUGAAGCAUUUCACAUGUUCAAGCCAUCUCUGAAUCAAGAACUGCACACAAAGCAUAAAAAUAACUGUCACAGAAAACACCCCAAACCUGACUUCGACCAGUGUGAUCUUUGCUCUCAGAGAAAUGGUCUUAAUGCAUGAGUUAAAACUGUUUCCUGACCUGUGAGUACUUUUACAUCAGGUUAUCCUAACAGAGUUUCUGGUGCGGUCAGCUUAAACCUUGUCUCAACUCAACUAAACCAACUUCCUGAAGGAGGAUUAGAGUUGUCCAGGACUAAAUAGAGUCCCACAUAAAACCUUCAGAGUGAGUGUGAUUGAAGAUUAAUGGAUUAAUUGGUGUGUUUACAGCAACACGGCCAGAAUAAAUAAGGAUAUGUAACCAGGAUAAGACGUGUUUAUUGCCAAUAAAUCAUUUUGCUGUACAUUUAUUGCAGAAAGCUUCUCUAAAACUGUAGCCCAGAGUCCCCAACCCACCACAACAACAACAAAAAAAGAGCUCAUGUAUUCUGGUCACUUAUUGGUUAUUUCACUGGUUUAGUCUAGUUUGUUUCACAGAGUCCCCCAGAUAAUAAGCUCCUACCCAGUGAAGUUUUUGUGAGCACCUUCACUGUUUUGCUUCACGGUGUUGACUGCUAACAAGGGUGCCUUUAAUGGGAUCUUGUUUGACGUGUUUCCUUUUCAAACAAAGGUAACUCACUCUAGAUAAAGACCUCAUUCUAGUUUCAUUAAGGAAACAGUCCAACGGGGAAAACUUUAACAUCCCUAACUACUGGAUAUACGAUGGGAUGAGACGGAAGAAUAGAUUCACGUGUAUUCAUACCAGACAUUUACUUACAUACACUUAUUCAUCACUCCUUUGUGGCGUUAUUCCAGACCUUUCACCUUUUGUAAGCUGUAACAUUUACUCUUCGGUGACCUUGCAUAAUAGCAGCUGUUAGUAAAUGUGUGAAUGUCAUUGAACUGCUGUGCAUCACUUUGCAUCUGGUAUGUAAAACAGUCAAAUAAAGGCUUGGAUGAGUGAAACAAGACAGUUAUUAACAGAAUGACGCCCUUUGAAUGCCCCCUAAUCAACCCUGCACAGAAACCACACAGUUUCCCGUGGUAACAGCAGCCUGUGCAUGCCUCAGUAACCUACAGAGGACUUUGUCGUGAAGCACAUCUGUCAGUGACCCACAUACGGGGCCUCAUAAACUACCGUCCUUCUAGGUUUAUUCUUGAUUUUAGCUGAAGUCUAAGAAAAGACUGAGUCUGAUUUAAAUAGUUUGCACUUGUGUUUGAAAAAAUCGACUAAUACCAUGCCCUUACAUGCAGGAAGAUUGUGCCAGUGUACUGUAGACCAACACCCCUUCAUGUAAAUCAUGUAUUUGUAUGUAUACGGUCAAGAUGGUGACUCACUAAUUGAGCACACUCAGUGACAGCUUAAGCCCCUGUUACAGGCUUCAACAUGUCGGAUGUAUGGCAGUAUUAUGACAUAUGGGAAACAGACGGCAGAUACAUUAAUUACUGUCUGUAUUUACAAAGGAACAUAUUUAUCAUUCACAGUAGAAUUAAGUGUUGUUUGACUAGUUUUAUGUCUGUUUCUAAAACAAAUAGACUGUCAAGAUAAAAGUAAAAGAGAGAUCUGAUGUUCUUUACAAUGAAAGAAGUGUCAGAAUAUAUGUUUCAGUAUUGGUUUUGGUCCAAAUUAAUCUAACGAUAUUAGCACAUUAGAUAUCUGCAUUAAUUUUAUAUUGUGCUUGUAUAUUGUUUUUGUGGAAAUUAGAAACCGGCUGAUGUUGAACAUUUGCUUAAAAGCGGUACCUUAAAGAUUAUUUUGUGGGCUUUAUCGAGAGAGGGGAUCAUGGAUGAAGAAAAAGGAGGGGGAGGAAUGACAUGCUGGAAAAAGCAGAGACAAAUUAAAACCUUGGCUGCCUGAUGUGAAGAAUAAACCCUCUUUUAUUUAUUCAUUUGUUUUAACAGCCUUUUAGCAGCACCAGAGUUUAGCUUUGAGCUGAUGCACACCUGUAGUCCCUUGGCAGGAGACAACGCCUCUGUCUAAACAAGCAGUUUACAUGGUGUUGUGGGAUUUGAGACCUGUAGGUUCAGUGUGUUUUGAGGUGGAAAAGAAACAAAGAAAUCACGUCUAAUUGCAGUUGUUAUAAUAUAUAGUGUAUGCCAACUAAUGCUUCUGUGUGCCAUUGUCUGUUCAGCUGUUUCGCUCUGCUGCAGACAGUGCUGUAAGCACACACUGGUGGACAAAUUUAAUGACACCAUUCCUAAAAAACCUCUUGACUUGCUGUCUUCAUUAAACAAAUGUUUAAUAGAUUCCUGUUGGACCAUUAUCCAAAUUUUGCCAGAGUAUUUUUUCCUCGCUCUUUGAAAAAACCACAAAAUUUGUUUCAAGCUAAUUUAACCUUGUUUUAAUUAUCCCAGCGAAUCAUGCUUGGCUGUGGAGCAGAAAUCAAAGAGGUGUUCAAUCAGAUGAUCUCCGACCAGAAUAUCUCAAACUCAGGGGAUAUGAUGGAGGAGAGAGCGCUCACUCCUUCAUGUGAGACCAAUUUAGCUGGAGAUCAAAUGCUGAUUUGAAGUGUGGCCAACAAUAUGAGGAGUUGAAUGAAACCAUAGCAGAAGUGUAUUAAAUGAAAGUUUCUUCUCUGCAGCCUCGUGGAUGACCGGUGUGUGGUCCAGCCUGAUGCAGGAGACCUGGCAAACCCACCCAAAAAGUUCAGAGGUAUGUAGUAGUACACGAAUCACACUUGCUCAAGGUAACAAACACGAAUACAUAGGAACACAAACCCACAUUUCCAGCUUUCAAGGCUGACCGGACCUUCAGCAGUGAAUGUUUUCUGACACAACAUUGAGGUUUUAGAAAAGCAUUUCUGUUCUGAAGUGGCUCCACAAGCGUCUAUGCACUUAAAAAUCUAGUUUCACCACGUUAUAACGCUUGAGUGGCACUUAACCUGCUCAGAAAUGACUCCUGUGUGCCUACAUGCUUCUCGGCCUCUCCUCCAGACUGCCUCUUCAAGGUGUGUCCCAUGAACAGAUACUCGGCCCAGAAGCAGUUCUGGAAAGCAAAACAGGGUAAACAGGGAAACAACAACACACAGGGGGACCUGUUUAAGAAGUUACAGGUAGGAAACUUAUUUAAGCUGUAAUCUAUCGCCGCUUAUACUUGCAUUUUGAUGAAAUGCUCAAUCUUGUAUAAAUCUGUGUUUUAUUACUCAGCAUGCAGCAGAGCUGGAGCAGAAGCAGAAUGAGUCAGAGAACAAGAAGCUCCUCGGAGAAGUUGUCAAAUACAGUAAUGUCAUCCAGGUACAGCCCAUCUCUUCUGCAAACACAAGCGGCGGCAGAUUGUCUAAAGCUUUUGUUUUUGUUUCCUUGUUUACUAGGGUUUUAUCAGUGUCACCCGAUCCCUAAUGACUCUGGCAAAUUUCAAAAUUGUCCACCAUUUUUUUAUGUGUUUCCAUUGAUCACUUCUGUCUUAAUUUUGUUCUUGUAUUAAAAAAACAAACUACUACAGAACUAUCUGAUUUUACAAACUGCCUUUAGAGCACGCUGCCUUUUCCCGCUGUACCAAACAGACUUAUCAUUGAGAUUUUUUGGGUAUGCUUUCAAAAGCCCUUAAAAAUAAUUGAUUUUAAACUUUUUUUUUAAAAACUUUUUCCACAACUUUUUUGAUGAGGUGAUUUUGGAUUUGAGACGUAAAUUAAUAUUCUGGAUCACAAUCUUUUAUUCCCCCUAAAAAAGGAUCUAACUACAUAACCUGGAAAAAUAUGGUGUACGUGAUUAUUUUCUUGUACUGUGCUGUGGUUUACAGAGGAAAUGAUUCAUGUAUUUUGAUGCUUUGUAAUGCCAAACAAUGACUAGUAUCUACAAAUUGAUCAGAAACAACAAGUUAUGUAAAAAAGUUAAAAGAAAUAAUUUUGUAAAUGUGUAAUUUAUUGAAAUUUAUCAUCUGAUACAACAUUCAUAAAAUAAGCGCCACCAAAAGUAAAAAAAAAAAUCAGGCAUUAAUGCUUUAACAGUGAUAAUAAGAAUCAGACCAGUCAGUUGGUCAGGCUGAUUAAUUAACCUAUUUAUGAUUUUAUGAAAUAACCGGCUAAUAUCAGGAUUCAUGAGUCCAAUUAAAACAAUUAGCGAAUUACAUCUGCAGACACUGAACUCAGCUCAUCAGUGUAACUGCAGUCGAGCAGCAUCAUCGUCCCCUUAAAUCAUAAAUGAUCAAUUAUUCAGACACAUGCUUGUUAUUUAUUCUGUUAUAAUAUUUAGAAUUAUGGAGUUUAAUAUUGUCGUGUUAGGACAUCUGACGCACAAUGUAUAUUUUUCCUUUUCUUUGUUUAAUUCACACUUUGAAUAAGACAUUUGUCCUGCAGCUCUUCUUGUAUCUAAACUCACUCAUUCCUCUGUCUCAGCUCCUGCACAUUAAGAGCAAUAAGUAUUUGACGGUGAACAAGCGUCUCCCCGCCUUGCUGGAGAAGAAUGCCAUGCGGGUUUCUCUGGACCCGGCAGGGAACGAGGGCUCCUGGUUCUACAUCCAGCCUUUCUGGAAGCUCCGCAGCGAAGGAGAUAAUGUAGGUUUCAAAAGUACAGCGAACAAAGUGAAUUUUCUUUCCUAAUACAACUGCAGCAGAUGUCAUUUGGCGUGCAAGUUAACUUUUCCAUCCUGUCAGUUCAUUGUUUGUCCUGUUCCAGUAACAUUUCUGAUUUUGUCCUUUCCCUCUGGCUUUAGCAUCCUAUGAUUAAAGGUAUUGCUCUUGAUUGUGCAUGGUGUUUGUGCAUUAUCAGUCAGACACCAAGUAUCAGUAUAAAGCAUGGAGGCACCAGCCCUUGACUGCAUGUGGACUCUUAGAUCGACCUUUGAUGAAGCAUCUGAAUAGUUGUGACUUCCUUUCUCCUCUAUGUUUGUAAAUAUUUUUUUAUUGCAUUGGAAGAAAUGCAAUUGUGUGUGAGAUACAUUCAAGUCUGUAGCCUGCAGAAGGUAACAUACUGUUCAGUCACCAUAUCUCUGCUCCUGCAUCCAUAUCCACCUUUGAUACUCAUACAAGAAUCUGCUUUUGUGAAUAACUCAACCCUUCACUCAGGAGAGACUCAGCAUGCUGCUGCUGCUGCACAGGUCACUCUCCUCUUUUUUUAGAUAAGAGGAUGUUUGCAGACUUCAGACAAACCCCAUGCAUGGUUACAUUCUCACUUUCUGUUUGAUCCUUUUUAAUCACCCCUGGAAGUUUUUGUUGUUUUUAUCUCCUGCUGGGAUAUGACUGUCUCUCACUGGGUUCAAGGUGGUGGUUGGAGACAAGGUGGUCCUGAUGCCAGUGAAUGCAGGGCAGCCUCUUCACGCCAGUAACAUCGAGCUGCUGGACAACCCUGGCUGCAAAGAGGUGGGAAUAUGUGUUUCAACAUAAAAAAAAGAACAGAAAGGCAGUGAAUUAUGACCUGUGUGUGAUAAAAAUCAUCUUUUUCCUUCCCUUUACUCUCUCCAGGUUAACGCUGUUAACUGUAACACCAGCUGGAAAGUGACCCUGUUCAUGAAGUUUAGUGACUACAGGGAAGAUGUGCUAAAAGGGGUAUGGUUACACCUUUAAAUCUCUUCCCUCAGAGUGUGUUUCAGCAGGAUAGUUUGUUGCUCUUGCCUCCUCAGAGCUAACCGCAUGCAGUUGUCAUGCAGCAGUCUCAUGUUUUUUUUUUUUUUGGGUGUCCUCUGUCAGGGAGAUGUUGUGAGGCUAUUUCACGCAGAGCAGGAGAAGUUUCUGACCUGUGACGAGUACAAAAAGCAGCAGCAUGUCUUUCUCAGGACCACGCUGAGGCAGUCUGCCACCUCUGCUACCAGCUCCAAGGCCCUGUGGGAGAUCGAGGUAAAACACGAAGCUCUGAACUACAUCUCUCUAAAAGGGGUGAACAAGAUUAAGUAUUUGAAUACCUUUAUUUUGCUGUUUGCAGGUGCAGAUUCUGUUACAUUAUAUUUUCUACUAUAUGCAGAGACCUUCCUGUCCUUUGAGAAGUAGAAUUAGUGCGUUAUAAAUGACUGAAGCACUGUUAUUUUAUGUAUUAUUUAAAAAAAGAAGUCAAACAACACACUAAAUCGUGCACACAGUCCAGCAUACAGUUUUAAUCCAAGAAGAUUAAUAACUUCUUAAAAACUAGGCUUAAAAAUCUGCACCACUUUAACCAAGAUCACUGGAGUUAAAGUUCCAGUGGAUCCUAAAUUGUUCCUACUGGACAAGUAUUUGUGGCUCGCUGAACAAAACACAACUCAAACUCAUGGAAAUGGUCUGUGUGUAGCCAAGAAUUACAUCGCGGUGUCAAACCUGACUCCCCUCUUCUUAUUGACAGUUAGUCGUUUGAAAUGAAUAGUUGUGUACCCCUGGAAAAAAUGACAUACUGCCUAAGUAAACAGUACCACACCUAUCUGAAUAUAUGGCAGCCAUAUCUAGACCAUCAUACUCGCUUGUCUCUUACACCAAGUAUCUAAGUCAGUAACCUGUUAUGAUUUUAUACACUGACCUGGGGUUUUUUCUCUUUUUUUGGGUCAGUAUACUGUUGGUAUAUUGACUCCUUUUUUGUACAUUUUGCAUAUUUUUUUUAUGAAACUGAAAAUAAAGAAACUAGGCCAAAACUUUCCCCUUGAUUAUACUAGUUGUGCAAUAUCUGGCAGUCUGCAGAUCUAUCUUUUACUUCUCGCUCUGUUUGACUGCUUGUUCCUCUUAUCAGCCUGCACUAUAUUGAAGUUCCUGUUCUCUCUUGGCUGUUUUGGCUGAAUGCACUUAAGUUGCCCUAUCAGCUGUUGACAUGUUGUUGUGCCAGGGUGACAAAGAAGAAUUACUGCUGUUCUUGGCACACUGGAUCACUCUCAUUCUGACGUUUUCAGACGCUGCGGUGACGAUGGGCUGGACUAAUGGCACACCCUUGUUUUUUUUGGAUUGUUAUCAUUGUAAGGUUAUAGCUAUUAAACCAGAGCCAAGCCGUCUACCUAACAAAACCUUAGAAGAGCAGUGUUGUAUUACUGAAAUAAAACAAAACACCGAUUGAUGCUGAUCAAGUUUCUCCACAUGAGGCGAAAAACAGACUGACGAUGGAUUAAACAAUGAUAAGCGGAUGAAAUCUGAGUGUUCUUGGUGCAUAACUCCCUGUAUUUUGUGUCCGUAGGUUGUGCAUUAUGACCCCUGUAGAGGCGGAGCCGGCCAGUGGAACAGCCUCUUCAGAUUCAAACAUUUGGCAACAGGAAAUUACCUCGCAGCUGAGGUCGGUUUUACCUACGUCAAGCCUGUUCAGUGUUUCUUUUUCAUCACUUGACACCUGAAGCUUCUUUUCAUUGUUUCUGUCCACUCUAUACUCAACAGAGGACAACUUGUACUUGUAGCUGUGUUCUCUUUUCAGUGUGUGAGUGAGCUCAGAUGAGAAGGGUUUUAGCUGAUGUGCUGUAGGUGGCAGUGUUCUCAUUGAUAUGACUGCUAUCAACCAUCUUUAGCUCAUGAAUAGUUUGGAUUUGGGCGAUGGGGGUGAUAAUGAUGUGAUUAUCGUCAGAGCUUUUUGAAUAUGAGUCCACUGACCGCUCUGUUUGUCUGCAGGUGAACCCUGAAUUCAAAGAUAACAGUGUGGAGCCUAAAGGAGAGGUGAGUCAGCUGAACAACCACAUUUAGACGCAAAACCAGGUUCACACAUCCCCCCAGAUCAGCAACUACUCCUGGAUGUUUUCCUUUUUUUUUUUGACUUAUUAAAGAGAUUAAAUAUGAUUCAAGACAUCAGCAAUGCAAAUAGCUCUUCAUUUUAAAACUAAGUGGAAUAAGAUUGCACUUUACUGAAAACCAGACUGAGUUAUUUGAAAGGAGAGAAGGUUAAGCGAGUGUUUCAGUGGAAGGAAUGAUUAUCUCAGCACUUAAAUAUUGUCUGUCUAACUUCAGGCCCCUCUCCAUCUCCUCAGUCUUUGGUUAUGCAACACCACCAGUUCCCUCGCUCUCACAAAGUUAUGUGUGCACACUCACAAACUCUGAAUCUAUAUCCAGACACUUCUUUCGGCUCUGAGCUACCUUGCACAUUUGUAUUCUGGCGAUGGAGAGGAACACGAACACAAACUCUCUCAGCCUCACACUUUCUCAUGCACACGCUGAAUUUCAGACACACAGGGGGCUCCUUACAUAACGUCUGGGUGUGGGGGUGCCCUGCGAGAGAGGAGAUGGAGGGGAGGCAGACGUGCUGUCUGCUCCGCUCUGCUUGCCUGUGCUAAGCUGGUGGGGUGAGUCACCAGCAGGGGAGGGGGUUGCAGGGGGGAGGGGAGGAGAAGAAGGGAUAGGAGUGGGAAGAUAGAGAAGCUGAGGCGUGGAGGGAGCUCUGGGGAGCUUCCCAUUGACAUGCAGAGAACAGCGGGCGAAAUUAACCCUUGGUAUCAUCUGCUGCAUCUGCAUCAGUUCAGGCUGUACCAGCACGUAUACUGCAGAGUUCAGCACAACACAGUGAAGAAGAGUCACGGCUCUUUGGCUGCAUUUCUGUGUAAUUUGAUAUCUCAUUACUGUAAGAAGCUGUGACAAUGUAGUUUGGCUCACAUCCGCCUGUCCUCAAUUAUAGACCUUAUCUACAGCCUGGUUCAUUCAUCAGUAUUUACAUGAUUAUAUAUGGAAAGAUAUGACAGCUUGACACAGAACUCGUCUAUACUAAGUUUUCUUUACUCAGCAUACACAUUAUAGUUCCAGCAGAUGUGCUUAAAUAUUUAAAAUACAGCCUCCAAUAGUGGAUUUAUAAAAACUUUGUCAAGUGUGGGUGCAGUUGUACAUUUUGUCCUCAUGGUGUCAUCCCGCUGACUGCCCUGACCUUAAAAGUUAAAAUAUUUACUACCUAAUUGAGGAGUGGGCAGUAAACUGGUUCACAAAGUCGAUGCUUAUGAGUAAUGUUGCGGUCGGAAUAUAAUCCCACAGAAACGUGUGACAGAUUUUUGCCUUAAUUAAAUAUGAUUGAAUCACCUUGACUAACUUAAGUCUUAUGUUGUCCAGAUGAAUCUGUCGGUCAUUUCCCAAAAAAACAGAUACAGAUGUUUCAGUCAAUUUCUGCCCAGGAAAGGUUCAUAGGCCUGUUACAGAGUAUUUUUUCAUUUCACUUGAAUAUGGUCUGAAUAAACAAACCGUCCACAGAAGGAAAUGUUCUGUUUACUAGUGAAUGCCUGACGAUUGCUGGGACAGAAUCAAACCCUCUGUGUAAGUGUUAAAAGAAAUAAAGUAGUAGAAGUCGGUGAUAUAUAAGCUUACAGACUGCUGACAUUCAUCUCUACUUUGUUUGUGUGCAUGUUUGUGUGUUUCUGUGUGUGCUGCAGAGUGAGUCAGAUAUUGUGUUCUCCAAGAGGAAGCAUCAAGCAGCACAGAAGAUUGCUUUCACUCUGGUCUCUGUUCCCCAUGGGAAUGACAUUGCUUCUCUGUUUGAGCUCGAUGCCACCACUCUGCAACGGGCUGACUGCCUGGUGCCCAGGUCAGUCGCUCACUGGGGGGGCAACGGGAACAAUAAAAAGAAACAUUUGCUGCGGUUGUUUCCGCUGAGGCAUUUCUAACCAGAGUCACAGUGCACAGCAGAGCUGAUUUUGUCAGAAAAUAAGCCACCAGGGUGAGAUUAUGUCACAAAUUUGGAUGCUGAACCAUCUGCUUGUGUGAAUAAUCAUCAGCUAAGUGUCGUUUUGCUCCUCUAAGAUGAACAAUCUGAAAUACACUCUGACGCUGGUUACUGAAUGAUUUGGCUCCACAGGAGUGCAACCAUAAAUUAUGACAACCACCAAAGUUAGUAGCUUUAAUUUUUAUGAACAGUUUGUCGACAGUCUUCUACCAGUAUAUAAUUGUGAAAUAUCAGUGAAAUCAAGGUUUAGGAUUGCCAUCGCUGUUUUAAGAUUUGAGUUUGGCUGAUUGAGCCUCCUCUUCCUAUUCAGGAACUCUUACGUGAGACUGAGGCACCUCUGCACCAACACCUGGGUGACCAGCACCAAUGUCCCCAUCGAUGCAGAGGAGGAGCGUCCGGUCAUGCUCAAGGUCUUCACACUCACAUAAAAACACACACAGAUGAAAGCAUUGCAUAAGAAAGUUAAACAGGCACGGAUGCAUCAACUAAAGUUCUUCUUUGGGCUGUCACUCUAGAUCGGCACUUGUCCCACUAAAGAGGAUAAAGAGGCCUUUGCCAUCGUAUCUGUUCCUCUGUCGGAGGUCAGAGACUUGGACUUUGCCAACGAUGCCAGCAAGGUCCUGGAGUCGACUGUGAAGAAGCUGCAGUACGGCAACAUCGCUCAGAAUGAGAGGAGGUACGGAUACAAAAAACACAACAGGAUAAGUCACACAAGAUGGUUUAGAUUUUUGAAGGUUUUAUGUGUGAAUUGUUUAUUGUUAUUUCUCGUUUCAGGUUUGUAACUAAGCUCCUGGAGGACCUGGUUUUCUUUGUUUGUGUGGUACCAAACAACGGCCAGGAUGUGCUGUCUGUCGUUACCUCUUCACCGAACAGAGAGAGGCAGAAACUCAUGAGGGAACAGAACAUCCUCGCACAGGUCCGCUUAAGUUACUUCUACUGGACUAUAGUGACUGUUUGACUGUGGUCUCAGGUUUGUGGUCUAUUGUUGUCCCUGUCCCUGCAGAUCUUUGGAAUCCUGAAAGCUCCGUUCACGGAUCAGGGUGAUGGUCCAAUGCUGAAGUUGGAGGAUCUGGGUGACCAGCGCUACGCUCACUUUAAGUACAUGUUGAGACUCUGCUACAGGGUGCUGCGUCACUCCCAACAGGACUACCGCAAAAACCAGGCAUGUGUCCUUCCUCUGCACAGUUCUGCGUGGUCAUUAUGUUCAUGAAAAGACACAAUUAUGAUUCAUAAUUCUCUCAUUCAUCGUAGCUCUGUUAGUUCUGUCUGAUGUGGAAUAAAUGCAAAUAAGACUUUUUUAAAAACUACAUUUCUGCACAAACUCUCCUGAUAUGUGUAUAACAACAUCAUUUGCACUGAUCUAUCACACUUCCAUGGUCUAAAGUGCCUUUCAAACCUUUUUUGUCCCCUCCAUAAUCGCUUGCAUUGUAUCAACAUGCCUAACAUUUCACUCUUUCUCGUGCACUGCAGGAGUAUAUAGCCAAGAAGUUCUCUAUCAUGCAAUCUCAGAUUGGGUAUGAGAUCCUGGCUGAGGACACAAUCACUGCACUGCUGCACAACAACCGCAAGCUGCUGGAGAAACACAUCACAGCCAGAGAGAUUGAGACUUUUGUGAGCCUGCUGAGACGCAACAGAGAGCCAAGGUCAGGCUGGGACACCUAGCAAAGUCUUAGAAGGCCCAAGAAAACUAUAUAAACAAAAGAAAAUGUACAAAAAGGUUUCAUCUUAUGCAUAAGAAUCAUUUGUAAUGCAUAAGACUUGUCCUGGAAAGAGUUGUUUUCAAACACAGGGCUCAGCAAAUAUCACAGAAACACACAAUAAUGCAUCAAGUCGAGAGUUUGAACUCGCUGUCUCUGCACUGAAAAUCUGGUGGAUCAAUACAGGCUCCUGCUCUCAUGUAUCAGUGAGAUGCUGAACAAACAAGUGAUGUGCAAGUGCCUCUGGUCAGAAGGACUAGAAAUCCGCUUUAUAAGUUUAAGUCCAUUUUAUGAGUUCCCCUGCAAUCCGUGUCAAAGCAAAACACAAAAUAUAUGAAAUACACUGAGGGAGGCAGAGAGGCUACUUGACAGAUUGGAGAUAUUUCCCAAACUUGAUAAAAAGGGCAGAUAGGAUGUGAAGUACAGUCAGGUGCAUAGAAAUUCAAGAAGUUCAUGUGCAGAGACUUUGUGAGUAUAAAACCUUUUGUUUAACGUGGUGAUUCAUGCUUGGUCUACUUUUCCAGAUUCCUGGACUAUCUCUCUGAUCUCUGCGUGUCCAACAAGACCGCCAUUCCCGUCACACAGGAGCUUAUCUGUAAAUUUAUGCUGAACCCCACCAACGCCGACAUUCUCAUCCAGACUAAGUGAGUCACACCCAGUGAAUCUAUAUUUAAACCUCUGAGCCAGACCUGUCAGAUUUCAGCCGUUCAUUUAAAACAUACCUCAACUUGAGGGGCGGCUGUGGCUCAGUGGCAGACUUGAUUGUUUCUCAAUCUGAUGGUUGGGGGAUCGAUACCAGGUCCUGCUGUCCUUGAGUUAGACACUUAACCCCAGACUGGAGGAUGCUUUAUGUAGUAGCCUCUGCCAUCAGUGUGUGAAUGUGACAUGUACAUGCACAUAAAGCGCUCUCCUCACGUCUCCUUCACUGUGUCCUGUUUCAACUGUUUUAUAUUAACCCCCCUCCUCAGACUCAUCCCUAACACCGAGACCACCCUGGAGUCCUCUUUGCUGCAGGAGGAGGUAGAGGAGGAGGAGGUUUGGCUCUACUGGAUCGACAGUCACAAGGAGCCUCACGGCAAAUCUAUACGCCACCUGGCCCAAGAUGCUAAAGGCAACCACAAGAUGGAUGUCGACAUUAUCACGUACUACAGGUGAUGGUUGUGAUCCUGACUUUGUUCUGAUACACCCCACCUCCAAACAACAAUUCUGAUACCUGGAUAAGUACUUUUAAAACAGAAGUACUUUACUUCUGAGAGGCUGAAGCUAAAUUUAUGUGGGUUUAUAUUGUAUGUAGACAUUCUAUUGAAUGGAAUAGUUGAAGAGAACUCACCUCCUAACUGACCUUCAUCUUCAGCUUCCUGUCCUCACUCUGACCGUGUCUUCCUGUGCAGGUACCAGCUCAACCUGUUCGCCAAAAUGUGUCUGGACCGUCAGUACCUUGCCAUCAACCAGAUCUCCUGUCAGCUCCCUGUGGAUCUGAUCCUGCGCUGUAUGUUUGAUGACUGCCUGCCCUACAACCUCAGAGCGUCUUUCUGCCGCCUCAUGCUGCACAUGCAUGUGGACCGGGACCCUCAGGAGGCUGUGGUGCCCGUCCGCUACGCCCGCCUCUGGACAGAGAUCCCCUCUAAGAUCACCAUCCAUGAGUGAGCGUCCGAACUUUGCCAUUUUGUGUAGGGGUGUCCCGAUACAAAGUUUUUUUUACCUCCGAUACAAUACCGAUAUUGUAGCCUUCAGUAUCAGCCAAUACUGAUAUUGAUCCGGUAUUGGAACAAACUUGUGCAUGACAACUUUUGAACUCAGCUGCAAUGUCUUUUUCAGGCUGUAAUGAAAAAUACUGCCACAGGGCCGACAUCACUCUUACUCUUUGGUACUUUGUUGUACCUUAGUACACACUGUUAUUGUGAUCACGUGGCUCCGGGUGCUGCUAGAUAGAGGUGCUGGAGCGGAGUCUGGAAUGGACUGCUUGUAGCGGAGGGCUGAUAUCGAAGAUGUUGGAUGCAGACCGAUAUAAUCAGAUUUUCAAUUUUUUGCUGAUAUCAGACCGAUAUCCGAUAUUAAUAUCAUAGCGGGACACCCUUAAUUUUGUGUGCUAUGUUCAGAUAUAUUUUUCUGGCCUCCAUAUUUAGGUGGUAAUUGUCAUAUUCUGCAGGUUUGAGUAUGAGUCAACUGACACCUCAAGAGAUGAGAUGAAGAGGAAGUUUGCUCCCACCAUGGAGUUUGUGGAGGAGUACCUUAAAGAUGUGGUCAGCCAGCCUUAUCCUUUUGGGGAGAAAGACAAGAACGAGCUCACACUGGAGGUAAAAUACUACAAAUUGAAAAGAGAAGGAUAGAGGAAUCGUUUGUUUUCAUACCACUCGCUAUCUUCUCAUUUCUCCCCUCGUCCUAGGUGGUGAAUCUGGCUCGUAACCUGGUGUACUUUGGUUUCUACAGUUUUAGUGAGCUGCUGCGUCUCACACGCACCCUGUUGGCCAUCUUGGAUAUUGUACAGCACCCGCUCACCUUCAUGAACAAGCUCAACAAGAGCCCGGAGGCUGGUCAGUGCUAUUAAAAAGUGAUUUAUUUAAUGCAGCAGCGAGAGAAGCAGGAACAAUGUUUCAAGGCUGUGAGUUAAUCAGUUCUUCCCGUCUGCAGUUUAGGAGACUUGGAUAAUUAAAGGAGUAGGUGGCAGGUCCACAAUGGAAAAAAAAGAACUUACAAAAGACAACGUAUGAUUGAGUUUGAAGUGUUUAGCAGAUACUGACACAUCAGAGUGAAGGACAGACAAGAAACCAGCAUAAACAGUGCCCUUGUUUCUAGACAGUAGAGCUGCAGCCAUUAAAAGUGAACGGAUUCAAGGCUCAACUUUGCAUAAGAGCAAAAGAUUCAACUUUGAAAGUAUCAGGUAGCCUGAAGAGUGAGGAAGAAUUUUCAUUAAUCAUCUUUGAUUUAUUUAUUGUAUGAAAAGACUUUUUAGUUUUUUAGUCCAUAUAAAGAAGCCCACUGUCUUAUUAGAACCAUUUAUGAGGCUACAUUAACAGAGAAAACAAGGAUUAUUGAUUGUCACGUCAUGAAGACAGUAGAAUUGAAGAUGGGUGAUUUUGGAGAGGUUAAAAUCCUCAUUUUAGGGUUAAAGUAGCAAAUAAAAAAAUUCUUGUUUUAGGUUUUUAUGGACCUAAAUCUGUUUCUCCAGAUUCAUUUCAGCUGGACACUGAUUCUCUUUGAUCAGGCUUUUAUGAUGCUCCAUUUCAGUCUUUUAUAGGCUUGAACUAAAACGCUUAACCACCACCAUGUGAAACAACAAGCUUUAGAUACGCACAGGAACGUUUCUAAAUGUGUGAGGUUAACUGUUCCCUCAAGGCAACAAUGUCCUGCGUACCAUCCACGGUGUCGGGGAAAUGAUGACUCAGAUGGUGAUGAGCCGAGGCGUCCCUCACAGCCUCCCUGACACCCCGCCCUCCCAGCGCUACGGGAAAGGACACUUCCUGCCGGACAAUGAGGACGUCAUGGUGAUGGACACCAAGCUGAAGAUCAUUGAGAUCCUGCAAGUUAGUGCCCCCUACUGGAUACAUGUUUAGUGUAUUCUUCUUGGCAUUAUUCAGCUAUUUGAUUCUGUUAUGGUCUGCUUCUUGUCUCCCUUUUAGUUCAUCCUGAGUGUGAGGCUGGAUUACAGGAUCACAUACUUGUUGUCCAUCUACAAGAAAGAGUUUGGUGGGAAGAGCAUCACUGAAGGCUCCUCCUCUGUGUCUGAAAUGCCCCCAUUCAUACGUGAGAUUUUAUUCUCCUUCAAAAGUUUAUAAUCAUACUCUGCUGUAUAUAUCGACCUUUGACCUGCUUUGCUUUACUCCAGCGCCUGAACCCGACAUCGAUGAGAUUGCAACCAAAGCAGAGAGCAUGUUUGCAGGGAGGUAGGUCAAACAGAGAAAUGACAUCAAGAGCUAAGCUGCUUGUUAUUGAAUGAUCUGGUUCAUUUGUCAUGUUGGGAGAUCUUAUUAAAGGCUUCUGUUUGAGCUUUAUUGUGGAUUGACUGCACGCUCAUGUCUGGUUGCAGUUCGGAGUUGAGCGCGGUGGAGCUGGACGACGAGGGUGGACGGACGUUUUUGAGGGUUCUGAUCCACCUUAUCAUGCAAGAUUAUCCUCCGCUGGUGUCUGGCUCAUUGCAGCUCAUCUUCAAACACUUCAGUCAGAGAGCUGAAGUGCUACAGGCCUUCAAACAGGUAGAAACACAGCAGUGACACUUGUGCAUUUGAUAGUUGAUACCCUGACAGAGUGUGGCAUUAAGCACUACCUGAGUUAAGUGAGUUUUGUCAGUUUGUGUUAGAAAGAUCCUCCAAACAGAACAACUGUUCUAACCAGCCUCACAAAGAGCUUCCUCAGCUGGAAUCUAAAGCUGCACACUUGUCCAUUUCAACAACACUAUGAGAGAGCAGAAAUAUGCUUUUACUCACAUUAUCUCUCUUGAUAUCAUCCUGUCUGGUUUAUUUCUCAUCCGGCGUAUGUGUUUUUAUGUUUUUUUAAGGUCCAGCUGCUGGUGUCGGAGCAGGAUGUAGAGAACUAUAAACAGAUCAAAACAGACCUGGACCAGCUGCGUCUGACUGUGGAGAAAUCAGAGCUGUGGGUGGAGAAGAGCGGAGUGUACAACGGUGAAGACCUCGGGGUCAGACAGGGCAAAGAGCAGAACAUCGAGGUGGUGUACCAACAUUUCAUGGUAUCCAGCAUCUAAAAGCAAAAUUUCACAUUUCUGUUUUGAGUGUCACAUUUACUUCUCCACGAAAAUAUUUGUCCUCGACACCCCUUCAUUCACUCAGCUGCACUGUGAAUAGCUUUGUUUGUUAUUACUGCUCUCCAUGCACAGCUGAUGGAAAGAUGUUUCGUUAGCUCUGUGAUUGAAGAGUAACACAUAGAGAUAAGUAGCAGAACAGGAACCACUGUUAAUACGUUCAUAUCAGUCAGGCCACAUGUAACAUGUUUGAUGCUUUUUAAACAUUAUUAUAACGAUGAUGCAAUAAGAGUGACGAUAAAGACUUGCACGGAGACUGUUUUCCAUUACACUGUGAAAAAUGCUGCGAUUUCAACACCAGAUAUGACGGUUGUUGCGUGCCAAAGAAAGACCCAUUAGAGGGUUCACGGAAGAGCUGCUGACCCUGUUAUCACAACAAUCGAAACACAAGUAAACUGUUGAAUUUAUCAGUGAAAUGAAACCUGACAUGACAUUACUCACAGCUUGUUUUUUCAACGUCUUUGUGUCCUUCUAGGAGGUUGUCCUAAGCCCUGUGCAGGAUGGAGACAUCAAACCCCAAAUAGACAGCAACAAAGCAAACAAUUACAACAUAGUCAAAGAGGUGAGCUCCCAGUAUAUACUGUGUACUUCGAGGUUUGACAGUUUGUUAACAAUUUGAUCUUUGUGUUCAGAUUCUGCUGCGGCUCAGUAAACUGUGCUACCCCAGUAAAAAGAGCCGAGUGCAGCAGCAGAGGCUGCUGAAGAACAUGGGGGCGCACACCGUGGUGCUGGACCUGCUGCAGAUCCCCUACGAGCAGGUGACUCUCUGAAAGACUUGCACAAAGUUGUUGUAACAUCCACUUGAAUGGUAAUCUAUUAAACACGUUUUCUUUCUGAUUAACAGAGUGAUGAGAAAAUGAAUGAGAUCAUGACACUGGCGCACACGUUCCUGCAGAAUUUCUGCAGAGGAAACCCUCAAAAUCAAGUUCUCCUGCAUAAAAACCUGAACCUCUUCCUCACUCCAGGGGUAAAUUGAUGAGACCACCCCAUGCUCCUGUUUCUCAAUAAAAUCCUUUUUCUCUAGCAAGGCAUGAAGUAGCACUAAGAAAGAAGUUUUACAGCUCCUGUGGGGAGUUUUUAACACUUGUGAAAUGGGCUAAAAUUCAUCUUAAUGCUUUUUAAUAACUUAUAAAAGCAAAUCGGGCUAUGACAACGAUAAGACUUAAAUUUUUAAUGCCUCAGAUCAGUGUGAGUGGGUAGGUGUCAGCCAAGCAGAAACAACUCUGUUUUUACAAUUUUCACAUAAAAUAUUCAUAAUAAAUGAUAGACUUCAUUCAUAGGGGGAGAUAAAAUUGACAGACACUGAAAGUUCCUCCCAGGAGCUCUAAAGAAGUGAAAACUUACAGCAGGAAAUUGAUAUGUCAUAUAUUUUUGUGCUGCUGUUUCUUUACCAGUUGCUGGAAGCGGAGACGAUGCGCCACAUCUUCAUGAAUAACUACCAGCUGUGCAAUGAGAUCAGCGACCGUGUGGUUCAUCAUUUUGUCCACUGCAUCGAAACACACGGACGACACGUUCAGUACCUCAAGUUCCUGCAGACCAUUGUGAAAGCUGACGGGAAGUAUGUGAAGAAAUGUCAGGAUAAAGUCAUGACAGAGGUGAGAAAUACUUUUUCUACGCACGUGAUGGUCGCCUUAAAGCGGCAGUAUUAUUUUAAACUACCUUAAAUCUGUGGCAAAUUGUAAUAACUGUGUUUGCAGCCCAUUAAGGGAGUAUAAGAUGAGAUAAGAAGACUAGAGAAUCUACUUUCUGUCUUAUUUCCAGUCUAGCACCCUCAUGUAGACUUCACAUAGGCUUCACAUAUCUUUUCUGUUUAAAUGUCUAGCUGGUGAACAGUGGCGAGGAUGUGCUGGUGUUCUACAACGACCGCUCCUCGUUCCCGGUGCUGCUGCAGAUGAUGGGCUCUGAAAGAGAGCGGACAGAUGAAGACGGAGCUCUGGCCUAUCACAACACGCUGGUGGAGCUGCUGGCUGCCUGUACGGAGGGCAAGAACGUCUACACGGAGCUGAAAUGCAACUCCCUGCUGCCCCUGGAUGACAUCGUCAAAGUUGUCAAUGACAUCCACUGUGUACCAGAGGUAGAGGCUGGAUAAUUUAGAAGAAAAAGACAUGAAUGCAGAGGAUUUAGUAGAUAAACUAUAAUUGUCUUGUCAAAUUUUCUAACAUUUUUGUGUAAACUUGUCAUCUUAUCUCUGGUUUCUUUACCCCCUCAGGUGAAAACAGCCUAUGUAAACUUUGUGAAUCAUUGCUACGUGGACACAGAGGUUGAAAUGAAGGAGAUCUACACCUCCAACCAUAUCUGGAAACUCUUUGACAACUUCCUGGUGGACAUGUCCAGUGUAAGGCUCUGUCAGAUUUAAAGGUCACACUUGUCUGACUGAUACUUUUCUAAUGAGGCUCUGUAUGUGUCAGGACACUCUGAGGCUAAAUCUUGCAGAGAAAACGGAGAUUCACAAAGAAAGCAGCAAAAAUGUGAUAUGGGUGUCUGUUUGUUCAAAUUUUGUCCUCUCUUGUGUUUGUAUUUUUAGGUGUGCAACACUACUACAGAUCGUAACCACGCUGAUCUGGCCCUGGAGAAGUAUGUGACAGAGACAGUGAUGGCCAUAGUCAAAGGUUUCUUCAGCUCGCCUUUCUCCGUCAACCACUCCAACCUGCAGGUAUCGUUUUUUCACCUCCGACAGGCAGGUGAAAUGAGAGGCUCACACUUGGCACAUCCAAAUCCUCUGCCAACUCUUAGCUACUCCACAGUAAAAUAUUUAAGAGCAGACAGCCUCCUUCUUCACCUGGGACCAUUUUUAUUGUUUUAUUGCAGAAAUUUGAAGCUAAAGCAGCUGCUUCAAGUGUUUUAUGGCGCACUUCACACCAAUACCUCCUAUCACAUUAUAGAGGUGUUCCCAUCAGGGUGAUCUCUCUUUUCUGCACAUUUGCUUUUAAAAUGUAAAUCCCCUGGUCUCUGCCUUUUUUUCCACAGACUAAUCAGUCCAUCUUCAUCAAGAUGCUCCAGUCCUCUUUCAGGAUCUACAACUGCACCUGGAUCACUUCAGCUCAGAAAGCCAACAUUGAGAGCUGUAUCAAAACACUGGCUGAUGUUGGUGAGUGUGGAAAUAUGAGAUCAUUGUGCUGUUUUAGCGUUUUCUAUUCAUGUCACAUUGAAAGUAUUAGCUGGACCCAUGACCUCAGAGAAACUUCAGCACAUCAAGAUGGACUCCAAACAAUUAAACAUACAUUUACCUGUUCCUUUAUGUUUCUGUCAGCCAAGGCACGGGCCAUAGCCAUCCCAGUGGACCUGGAUAGCCAGGUCAACACCUUGUCUCUCAAGGUCCACAGCAACAUGGUGCAGCGAGCAGCCAAGGACUGGAGGAUCUCUGCACGCUCGCGGCCCCGCAAAGAGCCCCUGGGUGGGCCGGACUACAAGAACAUCAUCGAGAAGCUGCAGGUGCACAUUUUGUUGUACAGUCUAAAGCCGUGCUAGCAGCACAGAGAGUGGACAUAGCUGUUGCCGCGCUUUGAGCUUAAUGCUGAUGUGUUUGCAGAUCUUGGAUUUAGGUUGUUUUUUCAUUUCAAACUGAAGCGUUUGAUAGAGUAAAAAUCAUAGCUGAUGAUCAAUCAUGCAGUCUUCAUUCAUAGAUGCCAAUUCACAACAGGUGUUAUCCCAAGAUGCUUAACAAUAACGCUGGUCUAGACCAGACUCUAUUUACAUGAUGGGGUCAAACUGAGCCCCACCUUGUUAGAUCAGACCCACUCCCAUCCCCAGUGUCGCUCAUUGCAUCAUUCAGCAAGUUACAGUGGAGAGGACAAAUGUUGAGUUCGAGUUACCUUGGAAAUCAGAUGUCUGAGCUCUGGUGUGACGUCAUUCCCAGCUCGGACAUCUGACUUCCAAGGUAACUCGAACGCAGAAAAAGUUCCUUUAACAAGCAGAAACCUUGAGCAGGACCAGACUCAUGUAAGACAGUCACCUCCUGAGACAGUGCUGGUUUUAGAGAGGGGGUAAAGGGAGAUGCAGCAAGAGCCCCUGACCCUCACCCUAUAUACAUGUUGACUCACGUUACAUCAAAACAAAACUAGCAUUCUCACAAUGGUGCAGAAGGAAAAGUGAACACUUAUAACAAUAUUUCACUGUCUCUUCAGCUGUGCUGCUGAUAAAGCCAAAAGACUAAACAUUAUUAUAAACAGCUGAGCUCAAGUUUAAACCUUGUUUUUGUUUCUCUGCCUGUUAUCUACAGGGGGUCGUGUCCCUCCUGGAGGAGCAGUUCAGUCCAAAGGUUCAAGCAGAGUUUUCUGUGCUGGUGGAUGUUCUCCACAGCCCUGAGCUGCUGUUCCCAGAAGCUGCUCGCUUACGCUGUGAGAGCGGAGCCUUUAUGUCCAAGUAUGUUUCUGUCAACAAACUGUACAUGGCUCUGAGAAGAUCCUCUUAAGCAUUCACAGUGUGGCCCCCAGAAUGUCUAAACCUGCUACAGGGAGAGUACUUUGAAUGAAAUGUGGAAGGAUUUCUAAAGUUGCUGAUUAUUGAAUUUUUUGUUUUUAUUUUCAGUAUGAGCUCACUUAAAAAACUGCUAAGUCAAAAAGGAGCUUACCGAUAGGAAAGUGUUGUUUUGUGUUUGGAGAGUUCGAUGUGAAAAAACAAAGUUCAGAAAAUAUUAAAAGUCAAAGUGCAACAUCCAGCUCAUUUCAUAUCAAACCUUCGGGGGUAUUUUUGUUUCACACCCGCAGCUUUCUGACCUCCUCCCUGACAGCAAAGAAGUAGAUUUCUGCUGUAGUGGUCAAUCUUUAAUUUCACUUGAAAGCUACUGACCGACUGCAUAAGCAGGAUAUAUGUAAAUGACACAGCACUCCUCUUUCCUUCCUGCCAGACUGAUCAAACACACCAAGAAACUGAUGGACAAAGAGGAGAAGCUGUGUAUCAAGAUCCUGCAGACGCUACGAGAGAUGCUGGACAAGAAGGAGUGCUUCCAGGAGUCUGUGAGUACUCAACCCUGUCACUAAAACAUGGUGUACUUGACAUUUUAGUCAUUUUUGUCAGUAAAUCACAGGGGCUUUGUUAACUUUGACUUUGACUUUACAUUAAAAGCUCAUUAAUAAGCUUUACUUUGGUGAGGAUUUGGUCCUGUCUCCUAGUAGCAGCAGAGCUGCUGUUCAGCCCUUGUUUUCUCCCAGGUCUGUCGGCCCAGAGCCCAGACUCCCCUUCAUCAGUAUGCUGUAGGCCUUUCUGUGUUACAUAAGGUAGGGAGGGAGGCACUUGAGGACACACUCUCGCUGAGAGGGAGAAUAGGAGGGAGGAAGUGAGGAAUAGGAGGAGAAGAAGGAGGAGGGGGGCAAGCACCGAACAAACAAAUCAAUACUGCAGCGAGUGUGUGUGGGGGGGAGUGCUGGAAAGUGAACGGCAGGAGUUGGUAGAGGAGACCUCAGGAAGAGGCUACAGGUCCGUAUGUUUGUGUGCACUGAGGGGCUGCAGGAUAAGGGCAAAAGUACAAAAGAGUCAAGUCUGCAAUCACAGUCAAAAGGUUUUGGAGAAUCUGUUCCAGCCUCACGAUAAGAUGAGGUGAUGCUGAGGAGACACAAAAAGAAACACACCACUGAAAACUCUCCUAGCAGAGAUAUGAAAACUCUGAAAUCUUGUUUUGGUAGGACUUUUGGGUUUUAGUCAACUGCACUAGACUUAAUUCUGGAGUAAAUUGAAGGACAGUCCCCCUUAUUAUGAGGAACUUGAUAUGGAAAUGAAAAUGUAUGGCUGACAGGGCUGUUAAUAUUUGUUGCACCAAAACAUCACCAUAAUAGCCUGAUAAUAUAUAUGCCCUUACGCCGUCUCUCAGUAUAAUUGCAUUAGUGAAACUGUCAAGUCUGACAUGUCUCAGUAUAGUCCAUGUCAACAAGUGUCACUCACAGCUGCUUGAAGAGUCAGUUUUGUUUCCUCAUAUUUGUGUUUGCGCCUGGUGUCAGUCAGCCGAGCCGUUUCCACGAGAGACAAAUUAUUCAACGGUAGUGUGGAACAAGAUCGGAGCGAUUCAAAGCAGGGAGGAAAAAAAAAACAGCCAAUUUUUUUCCUUUAGUAAAAGCAGCUCAGCGCGUUUGAGAAGCCAGACAGUGCGGUAACGAUAUGUGAAAUGUCAGUUUGUGUAGGUGUGCGUGAGUGUGCUCAAGCGUAUAUUUGUGGCCUCUCUUUGUCAUAUCCCUGUAGCCCUGAGCGUGGAGCUGCAGCCUCACCUCACAGAAGAGAGAGACGAAGAGAGAGGGAGGACGAGGAAAGAGAGAGAAAGAGAGAGAGAGAACAGUUGAUGGAAAUAAUGAGAGAGGGAGAGGCAGACAGACGAAAAUCAGAAGGAGAGAGAGAGAGCGAGAGAGAGAGAGAGAGAGAGACGGAGUGACAGCAUAGGCAGCAGAGGUUGGUGGCUCCCCUGGGGUGCAAUGAGUGGGUGGAGGAGAGUGAGAGAAAGGGAUGGAGGGAGAGUGAUCGAGGAAGGGAGGGAGGGAGGGAGUCAGCCAUGUGAGGAGCCAUGUGAGUGGAAGAGAAAAAAAAAGUGGGCAGCGGCUGCAGGGUGAGGGAUUGGAGAGAAGCAGAGUCUGCUCAGUCCAUGAGGAGACAGGGCAGGGGGUGCGCUUACGUAACAGCCUGCAGUGGCUGAGCCAGUGUCACGUGGACCAUCACGUUCUCCUUCCCUCCCUCCCUCCCUCCCUCCCUUCUUACUCUCACUUUCUGUCCACUCGUCGUCUCUCUCUUCCUUCUCUGCCCCCUCCGUGCUUUGUCUCAGUCUAUCGCAUUCUGUCUGCCCGCCUGUGUUAUUUUGUCUCCCUAUUUCUCCCCCCUCGAGGCCCACCCAGGCCAGGCUCAGCGUUUGGCCCGGGUCAUGCCAGGAGCUCUGGCUGGGCACUGAGUCACUGUGUGGAUGAGUUAGAUCCUACUGUUGAACUUCACUUGUUCAGAUAAACAUAAAGUUUGUGCCAUGAAGGAGGACAAAGGAACAUUUAUGAUGCAUAUCGAUGAAAGGAAAUCGGGUAAAUCACCAAAUACAGCCUGUAAUAUUACAUGUAUUCUCAUGUCUUACACUUUUUUCGCUUAGAGGACAAGCCACAUGUUAUUCUACUGUAAAUUUCUCAUGGUAAAAUCAAGUCAUCAGCGUGUGAGUCGGUCUAAUACAGUCCAACAUUCCUCACCGGUCUGUGAUACUCAUCUUGAAGCUCAUUCGUUCCUCCUGAAGAUGUAAAUCUUCAAAAGUGGGUCACAAAUACACAGUUCCAUUAAAAGGAAAGGGGAAGUACUCUCUCAAGUCUUUGGGGAGCUGUAGUUUCAAGAAACAUUACUCCAACAGGAUUGAAUAAUGCAUAUGUUGGCAACUGCUUGAUAUUGUUGAUUAUUGGACAUUUGGGGCACUAUUGAGCAUUUAAAGCAGCUGGACAAUACUGGAUUCAAAAUAAUGACUCCACAAUAAAACGCAGUUGCACAGUCCUUCGUUAAAUUCCGAGAUGUGUUGCAUGAAUUUUCCUGCCACCACCUCACCUUUAGAUAAAGUCAGAAAUUCCAAGAAAUGUUUAUUAUGAUGCCACCAGGGUGUUCCAUCACAACAUAUGUCUUCUUUUGGAGUCAACAAACAACUAAACUGUUUAUCUGAGUUGGUUUUGGCACAACAAUGAAGGUCUACAGCACACAGGAAUAUGUCGUACUAGGCUCUAAAUACACAGGCUGAACUAAAAAGCAGGAUUUAGUCGUUGUUGGUAUUAUUCUUUAUAAUAGGUUGAAAAGAUGAAAACUCUGGCGUAUUUUAACUGUUAUUAGAUGUUUUCUGUCACAGCAUGUACUUAUAUGCACAUAAUGUGGUGUCAUGUGUUCAUGCAAGCAUGUCUCCUUGUUUAUGGAGGAUUGAAAAAGCCGGUUAUGUAAUAUAAACCACUCUCACACUCUCUUUCACACUCAUCCCUGUCAUUCACACACUGCCUGCCUGUCUGUCUGUCAUUCUGUCUCUUUUCCUCUCCCUGCCCCCCUCUCUCUUUCUCUCUCUCUCUCUCCCUUUCUUUCUUGGGAGCCAAGUUUCACACCACCUGCCCAAGGCAAAGCAGAUUUACAGAUUACCACCCUCUUCAUGCUAAGCCCAUCACACAGACGCAUGUAGACGGAGACGCACACACACACCCGUAAUGUCCAAAGCGUGCAAUGCCAUGCUAGUUGUCCUGGUGUGAGCUCAUCCUGCAGGGUCUCCCUGUUUGUCAGUCUGCUCAGGGGAGUGGAGGAGCAUGAGUAAGGGAGCAGGUCACACAGGCAGGCAGAGAGUGGGGCGAGUUUUUACUGUGUGACCUGAGGAUGGAUUCUAGCUGACGCAGCAUGAUGAGUCAUCUCAAAAAGUUGUCUUAAAGAAAUAUCGAACCAAAAUGACUCCUUGAAUGCAGUUUUGUUGAUUUUGAAACAAUAAUAAUGUGUGUGGAAACCUAUUUGUCAUGAAUAUAUGUUACUGUCUGAGUUUGUGCUUUCCUCCCACAUUCUACUUCCCACGAUCCAUCAGUCAGGUGUCUAUUAGUGAAGUAUUAUGUUUCGGUUUCCAUGGUAAUGAGGGAUUAGCACAUGUUGUUUGUCUGCCUGAUCUGGCUGCGUCUGGGCAAGGGAAGUCUGUGUGCCUUGUGUAGAAAUGUCGUCAGAGCAGGAGCUCCCUGAACUCUUUCAGCGCCAUGCUGCAGAGACGGAGGCAUCCUGUUAAAACUCCAGUAAAAUGGCGAAUAAGGCCUCGCCGUCAUGCAUCUUUGGGCCUCUGUGAAAGAUAUGAUUGUCACUGUGAACAAUGAUUCGACACGGUUCACAGUGUAUUUUCUGGAUCCGAUUGCAUAUGAGUUAGCUCACUUGUGCUCAGUAAGGCACAUGACCGGCGAUGGGCUGCAUUACAUAUGAGUGCUUGUGGGUGCUCUGAUUGAUUCUAGCUGUCAGUUUGUCUCAUGUGAAUAGCCCGUGGAAAGAAAGGCUGGGAGUAAUAUACAUUAGGCCCUCUGUGGGGGAUAAAGUGAAGCACUGCUUUUUUUCAAAUCGUCCCACAAAUUGUCAGCAGUGUUUGCAAAGUUGACCAGUAGACAAACCUUGAAGGUUGAAGUUUGAAGAACAGCAAUGGCUUCCUCUAAGUUAACUUGUCUUACUGUCAGACCUUUAAUCUGGGUCCUCUUUGCAUUGUUUGGCACAUUCACUCUUACCAGAUACUGUAACUCCAUGAAUCUGGCAUGUACACCCCACUUGAAGUACCUUUAUGUUGCCAUGGUAAGACAUUAAUGAAAAAAAACUGUCACAAAAAAAGCUUUAACUCUGGAUUUAAGUUAACUUUAUUUUAUUGACUAAUUAAAGCUCCUGUACAUUUGUGUCAUUUUUGGCACCCCCUGCGAACAAAGCUGUCCUUGCUUCUCUUUUCCUCGACAUGCUAAAGUGAUGAUUUUUGAAAAGAAGAAAAAGUCAUCCUGGUGACUUUUGACUGUCAAUAGUAUCACUUAUUGGGAAUAAUUGCAAACAUAGGGCCAACAUCUACCCUUUCACACCAGUUUCAGGCAUUAAAAUCAUGAUAUAAAAACUAUUAGUCUUGUUGUUGAUGGUCUUAAUUGCUUUUGAAUGUCAUCAAAAUGCGGUUUCAGUCUCCUUCAUAAACAUGAAAAAAAAAAAAACAUACUGGAGCUAUAACGUGAUCAUCUUUAUAGUUGUUGCAUUUCCUGAAAACAUUGGGAAAUGGUACAAAGAAAAAAAAUGAGCACUUUACACAGGACUGCAACCAUGCUAGCCCUGUUUUCUUCAAUUUGGUCAAAGUCUCUUUCCCUCAGCUCCUUGUGUGUAUAAACACGUCCUGCUCGGGUUAAUUGGUGACUCUUCAUUGCUUAUAGGCGAGAGUGUGUGUGCGUCAGUGGUUGUUUGUCUACACAUUAGCCCUGAUAUAGACUGGUGACCUUUCUACGGGGGACCCCACCUCUCUCCCAAUGAUGGCUGGGAGAGACUCUGGCCUCCUUAGUUGGAUAAAUCAGAGAGAUAAUGGGUGAGAAUAGUGGGUCGGUUUCUCCUGUUUUGCCUCGUGGCACCAUACCUGCAGAUUUAAUCUUCGUUAAAUGUUGGAGAAUCACAUGUAUCAAUCUCACCAUAAACCUGCCUGCUACCACUCGGCCUGUUUCUGAACGCUUGUUUAUGCCGCUGUCUCUAUUUCCCUGACCAGUUUUGCCAAUUGCUCUCACAUGGGGGCUUAAUUUGUUUUGGUGAUGUGCUUGUUUGUUGGGUAAAAGCAGUUAAUGUGCUGCGGAGCUGCAGCAUUUUGCAAAUGGCAGCACAUGAUACCCCUCUCAGCACGGACAUAUUUUAGGAAGAUUUUAUCGGAUAUGUAUGGAGGACCUCUAGCUUUGUGUGCGGAGCGGCAGAGCUUCUUGUGAAGCAGGACACUCUCCACCACAUUAGAAAAGUGACAAACUAAGGAGCAGCAGGAGUGUAAUAGAGAUGUUUUCUGUUUGUGUGAAUCUGCUUACUGUAACUUAGCACACAGCAGGACCAAGGUGCAUUCAUACAAGAUCAUCAUACAUCAUAGCAAAAAAAAAAGGGGUUGAAUCUUACCGCCCGUUGUGGCGGCUGAAGUCUUCUUUGUGUCCUAACAUAAUUUUUCCACUUUGUUACUAAAGUGCCUGCACUUGGUGAGGUGAUGUGACCUCGUGGCUUUAUGUAACCAUCCUCUUGAUUUAAAAAAAUAAAUCGCCCUCUGUGAAAAGUGUUCAUGUGGAAGUUUGUAAUACUCCCAUUUUUAUCACGAGGAUCUCACUUGCUUCGUGAAAACGGCAGAAACCUGUGAAAUUAUUUGCAUUGCAUCAUUUUAAUGAGAGUUAGCAUACCAGUGUCAACUAUCUCUCUUAUUUAUUGUAUUUUAUUUAUAUAUAAAGCUGAGAGACAGGCAAGAAUACAAAAAUGACAGAGUUAAAGUAAAAGAAUAAAAUCAGACAUAAAAUAAACCCGAUUUUUAAGGCCAGACGCUGAGGGAGACAGGUCAGUGUCUCACCUUAAGGGUGAGAUGAAACUCACAUUUUUAAUGCAGUCUCACAGGCAAUCAUGCAGGUUGGGAGGUUUUUUUCUUGUAAUUCAAGGUUACCAUAUCUUAUUAAGUGCUCAACCUGUUUUCCUCGCUCAUUAGAUUAUUUGCUCCUUACACAGUUAUUGCAUUCAGGCAGCUGCAGCCCAUCAGAUUUACACACAAAUACUGUAUUUGAGUUAUAUUUGAAAUAGCAGGACUUUUUCUAAGGUUAGAAUUUGCAAAGCUGCUCAGCAGACAAAUUUCAGGUGCCUUUUUGGAGACAACCUUAUACUUUAUACCAGAGAUGGUGUCAUACACCACCCUGGCAUUUAGAGCGCUGCCAGGUGCUGAGCCACAUUUAAACAGAGACACUUUGUUAAAUGAUAUCACAUAUUUAAGAUGUAUGUGUGGGUACAUAAAGAGCUGAUGCAGGGAGUUAAACCAUACAAAUCUGUAUGGAGAGUAAAGUAGAGGAUCCAGUCCCAGAUUUAUCCCUGUUUCUCCUCUGGAAGUGUGGACUUGUUCAGGCGAGGCUGUAAUAAAUCUGACAUGAGAGCUACUGACGCAUAAAGACACCUUUAAACAAUGGGUGCUCAUCAUCAGUAACAGCCCUGCAGGUGUCAUGUUGACAAAGAUAAGGGGGACUUUUUAGUAGACUCUAAUAAAAUCACAAAUCUGGAAAAGGCUGAAGAAGUUUUUAUUUUUUAGAUGGUUUGUCUAAAACUGUUCCAGACUCCUCUCUCAGAGCAGUGCUGCAGGAGGCGAAUACCCUUUUCUGACCUGGCCUUGAAAUUACUCCCCUGAAAGACCAUCGGCAGUCGUCUUUUUCUCCAUAAAGGCGUUUUAAUAGAGAAGAGUCCUUCUUGUUUUGAUAGCUCAGACUGUUUCUACUGAAUUAAUGUAUCUGAGGAUAACCUGCUGUAGUUUGAACCGACUUUUUGUAGCAGACAAAGUCAACGCCUUUUCAUUCCUCUCUGUCCUUUCGGUGUUGAUCCAUCUGUGCCAAAAACCGAGACUGGGCAUUAAAGUAUAGGUUUUGAUAUUCACUCCUCAUAGUUAAUUGAAAAACUGGACUGGUUUUGUGUCUCUGGUUCUUGAUCAGCGUCCCCCACUGUUUACAGAGGAAACACACACCUAGAGUCUUUUCAUGUUUCUGUUGACAACACAGUAAAGGGAAGUGUUCGAGCUCUUGAUCUGAACCACGUUUGGAUAACUUUCCCCUCCUUUGUGGCCUCAGUUUCCUCUGUAACUGACCUUGUCUGACCUGAGCAGCUCCAGCACCUCCACCCCCUCUCCCCUCCUCCCCGCCUUUUCUUGGCUCUGUCUGUUUCGGUUCACAGCUGGUGCUGCCCUCCGCUGCCUGUGUGAGUUUUCAGACCACCUAAAGAAGCAGAGAGCAGGCAGUGUCUUUGUCUUUUUCUCCAUGUGUCUCCCUGGAGUUGCAGCAGACAGAAGGGCUGUGAGGGUGGCUGAAAGAAGGGAGGGAGGGGAGAGAAAGGGGAUGCAGGAGGCUGAGAAUCAGCAGCUCAGCCCGGCUUGGACACCAGAGCCGCAGUGUGGCGUGCCGGUGCACAUUUUAAAACCCCCACGACUGUCUGCUUCUCGCUGGGUUUUGUUUGUUCCUCCUCCUCGUCCCCCCCCCCCCCCUCCAAACUUCUGUCAGUUCUUCUACCUCUAUUUCCAUCUCGCUUUCUUUCUCAUGGCUCUUACAUCACCUGACGGGAGUUUUUUCUCGUCAAUGCAGCAGCGAGCAGAUGAGUCAGGCUGGGCUGAAUCUCCUCCAGCGCCAUGAUCCUGCCUCUCCUCCCCUCUCCUCUCCUCUCCUCUCCUCUCUUCUCCUCUCCCUCUCCCUGCAGAUAUAACCAGCGGGAAAGAGGUGAACCAGUGCAAACCCUCCAACCUCCUUUUGUUUCCCAUCCCAGAGUGACUAUUUAGCGCUAGUUUGGAUCAGUGUUGUAGGAAAGGGGAAAUGUCAAGUCAAAACUGUUCAGUUCUGUAAUCUGCUCCGACCAGAGCCAGUGUUUUAAUUUGCUGCCUCGUAAACUGUGGUGCUGACUGUGUGUGUCUGUGUGGAAAUUACAGCGGCUACCUCAAAGGAUCCUCACCUUCAGUACUAGAAGUGUUUGCAGCUUUGUGUGUGUGUGUGUGAGUGUGAGUGUGUGUUUGUGAGACAGUCAGCCAGACAGCGCAGGCAGACAUGUGUCUGUGCUGACUGCAGAUGAGAUGAAGUGUUUACUGACACAGGGAGCAUCUGCCACACGUGCUCCUCCAUAUCCUCACUCUGCGGUGCUCUUAUUUUGAUAGGAUCUUCAGUUAGGCUGUACCUGGGCAGCCUUCGAAGCGAGGCAUGUCUGAUCUCUCUCUGCCAACAUAUCGAUCCAGCCUUUUUUUCACUUUGACGAGUGCCGACUUGAGUGCUGUUAAAAAUAUACCCUUAAAAGUGACCAGUGCUUCUCUGUAAACGUUGAGUUUCUGUCUUUUUCAGAGACUUUUUUUUUUUUUUGUUUGUUUCUUUUGCAGUGUUUGAAAUGCUCCAGCAAUUGAAUGUAAGCAGUAGCAGCAGCAGCAACUAUGUAAACAACUUUUACAAAGGCGGCUACACAAAUGAGUCAUAGAAAGCUGAAUACAAAUUAGCAGUAUGUGUCAGUUUUAAAGGAGGUGUGAUGAUCACAAUAAGAGAACUGGCUGACAGAUAAAGAGCCCAGACGCGAUGAAAACGUGUGAUAGGAUUAAAAAACAGAUUUAAAACUUAUAACCCUGGUUAGAAAGCACAACGCAGAUGCUAAUAGUUUAGUAAGCGAUGAUUUGAAUGAGCUUAAUGAGAACAGCACAGCUUCUGUUUGUGGACUGAAUCGUCUGCGAGACUGUUAUUUUCAGGUGUCUCUAUUACUUUGGUCACCCUAUGUUAUAUUGCUAAGCUCCCCACUAAUAUGUUACCAUGGUAACCAUAGGUGGCUGGUAUACAAUCCACUCAUCUUUCAGCUCCAUCCCUCAGUCCAUGCAGUCACCUGUUUGUCCUCUGUGCGGAUCAAUAAAAAACAACAGUGAGGGCAAAUUUGGUGUGUAUUGAGGUUGCCAUGGAAACAAUUACAGGCCCCUCCGUGUGUCCAUACAUUCCUUAUAUGCAUAUGUCAUCUAUCCAUCCAUUCACCCACUGCUGCGUCCUUCUGCACAAUAAAUAAGUACAGGUAUAAAUAGCACAUCUCAAGUGCUCCACCUGUCAAUCACUCUAACCCUGGAUUAUACAACACAUUAUGGAGAUUAUAUCCACGAGUUCUUUAAUCGUUUCAGUUUGUCAAAUGUCAAAAGAGGCGCUCUGAGAUUUUUUGAGAGAUGCAGACAGUAAAUAGUAUUUUUAUACAUGUAGAGAUCGGGGCGAAGAUGUGUGGACUGAAAUCUUUCAGAUAAAACAUCCUGAAUAACAAAUGAGCCCAGAGGUCAGCCUGCGUUUAGAUUUCUGCUCUACUUUUCUGUGCUUAAAACUUCUUUAUUAUUUUUACUUUGAAUCACUUGUGCAGAAAUUUCUUAAGUCCGUCUUUUGCCCUCUGUGCGAAUACUGACUGCACUUUCUGCGAUCACAGAAAUCCGUUCACUGGAGUUGGAAAAAAGCUGACGUCAUGCAUUCACAGUUUUAUUUUGUUGAAGAUGGAAUAAAAGAUUUGUUUUUAUUCAAAGUGCUUCAGAAAAGACUGCCUCUAACACCAAACCAAGGAUCAGCUGAUAUAUACAUGAAUAAUGUGAUGGCAGUGAAUUCCAAUAAGGUGUUAGGUGAAAGCUCUCUUGUUUGGAUAACUGUGCGGUGAUGUCUUCGCAGUGAAUAAAUGUCACAUUAUUCUCUUGGAUGGCACUUUCCAGAACAUGUCCUCCAUUUUGAGGUUAUUUUUAUGGUUAAGGCUAACAAAAUACUUCUUUUUAUAAAAGGUGAAUCUCCCUGUUUAAGGCUCGUUCUCCCUCAGUCUCUGAUAUGGAUUUAACAUCUCGAUUUCCCUCUCCACAGGGAAACGACUUGAGAAAGAUUCUCCUCACACGCUACAUUGGAAAUCAAAAGCUUCUCUCCAAGUCAGAGCUGGGGAGUGGAAACAGCUCAUCUGGCGGCUUUGUCAAGCCGUCAUCCGGAGGUACUGAGAACCCCAAAUAAACCUGGUUAGACACCACAAUAACCGCACACAACAGCAGAUGACAUGACAGCAUUCUUCUUCUUUGGAGAAGAGCGACUUGACAAAUGCAGGCAGACUUUGGAUCUGGCUUGAGCGAUUCCUAAAGCAACGCAUAAACAAUACUUUUGUGGAAACAGAUCAAAAGAUGGUAAAAGUGUGUAGAGAGGGAACUUCUCAGAGCAGAAGGUGUUAAAUACCAAUAUUUAAUCUUUGCAGGAGGUUCUGCUAUGCUGGACUCUGACAAGCCCUGCAGCAGUAUGGUGGAGAUCCAGUGUCUCUUGGACAACGUCGGCACGUCAGAGCUGGUGAUCGACCUCAUUGUCAACACCAAGAAUGACAGAGUGUUUGAGGAGAGCAUCCUGCUGGGAAUCGCUCUUCUGCAGGGUGGAAACACGCAGAUACAGGUGAGGGGUGCGUUCAGGUGCAGACUCUUAAAGAUUCAGAUUUAGAUGCAUGUUUAUAACCACUCUUCUUUGCACACAGAACUCCUUCUAUAGUCAGCUCUACAAGCAGAAGAAGUCAGAGAGGUUCUUCAAGGUUUUCUACGACCGCAUGCGUCUGGCACAGCAGGAGAUCCGAUCCACCGUGUCCGUCAACAUGUUUGAGCUCAGCUGCAGGAAAAGAGAUGAUGACUGUGACAUUGGUGGCAUCAGGCUCAAAAAAGGUCAGUUUGGUGAUCAUGAAUGAACAUCUUAUAGCCACAUAAUGAGCAGCAGGGAUAUUUCUUAGCAGCACAGUGAGCUUUUUCACAGACACAGGCCUGAAGUGAAUGAAAAACCACAAAAAGCCCCAAAUAAAAGCUCAUAAAAAAGGUUUUUUCCUUCCCUCUGAGUUAAAACAAUAGUGUGGGAUAAAUCCAGAAAGAUCUUUGUUGCUCUGCUGACCUCUGUGCAGACUGUUGUUCUCCGUUCCUGCAGUCACAUGUCCUCUGACAUGUGAGGGCCGGAAUCACAAGCUUAUCAAAAGACUAUUGUAUCAUGGUUGAGUGCGUUUAUGCAACAGAACCCCACUCAGUAUUUGCCCAAUCAUAGGGUAGGAGGGUCUGUGAAUUUGGUUUUAACAUAUCUAGAUGUUUAUGUAAAGUUAUAUCAAUAAACUGCAACCUGUCACAAAUUUGGAGCAAACCUGUUCUCCUCAUGCACUCACAAAUAUCCAUCUUCUACAGUAACUCAUGUCUAUUCUACGUCUACAUCCAGGAAAGGACUCAGGCCUUCACAUGAGGGAGGACAUGCGAGGGCAGCUGAAAGAGGCGUCCUCCGUGACCUCAAAGGCCUUCUGUGCCUUCAGAAAAGAGCUUGAUCCUGACCUGGAAGGCCUCGGCCAAAACAGCGAGAUAAUCGGUGCAGAGGAGGCUUUAGAGGAAACUCAGAUGAGCCCAGCCAUCACCAUCAUGAAACCCAUCCUGCGUUACCUGCAGCUGCUCUGUGAGAACCACAAUUCAGACCUGCAGGUACCUGAAACUUUCUGCGAUCAAGAUCACGAUUAUUGAAAUUUCCCCACACGCAAAGUGAAUAUUAUUUUUCUGCUCUGAAUCCAGAACUUUCUGCGCAACCAAAACAACAAGACAAACUACAACCUGGUGUGUGAGACUCUUCAGUUCCUGGAUUGUAUCUGUGGAAGUACCACGGGAGGUCUGGGGCUGCUUGGCCUUUACAUCAACGAGAAUAACGUAGAUCUGGUUCGCCAAACCUUGGAGACCAUCACGGAGUACUGCCAGGGGCCCUGCCAUGAAAACCAGGUGGUUCAGUUAUGAGGUUUUCUGUUAGUUAUAUAGCUUUAAUAAAGAUUUUGGUCACAGUCGCAUUUUGUCAGUGCAGUAAAGCUCCCUAUUUCAUGUUUUUGGAAAGAAGUCUGAUUUUUUAACUCCAGUAUCUCAGCCAGUUUUCCUGAUCUUGGCAUGGUCAAAUACGAAUCUGGCACCACUCUUUGCUCAGCGUCUUUUCCAUCAUCUUCUUCUGCUAAAUUUUGCUGUUGUCCUUUAUUUGUGCAGACCUGUAUAGCCAAGCACGAGUCAAACGGCAUUGACAUUAUUAUAGCGCUGAUUGUCAACUCCAUCAACCCCCUGGAGAAACAUCGGCUGGACUUGGUGCUGCAGCUCAAGGUGAGCAGCAGGUGUCUCUAUGUUACUGUGGCAAAACCAAUAUUUGUUUUACAGCAGCAAUUACCUGAGAAUAUUAGAAUAUAAUUGAACCAUAGGGUUGACCUUGUUUAUUUGCUACAGCUGAACGAACCAUCUCUGCUCUUUCUCUAUGUUGUAGAACAAUGCCUCAAAGCUCCUUUUGGCUAUAAUGGAGAGCCGCCAUGACAGCGAGAAUGCAGAGAAGAUACUCUACAAGAUGAGACCGACUGAACUGGUAAAUAUCAGUCAGGAUACACGCACACAAACAUGCACACACUCUGAAAAUGUGUAUUCAAAGGAGCAGACUGAAGGCAGCUGUAACUUUUGGUAUUUUUGUGUGACAGGUGGAUGUGAUGAAGGAAGCCUAUGCUCAGGGCCUGGAGAGCGAAGAAGAAGAGGACAGUGCAGGAGACCAGAUCAAACCCAGAGACGUCGGACACAACAUUUACAUCCUGGCCCAUCAGGUAAACUGAACGCCUGGACUUGGUUUUGUCUGUGACUGAGGCGUUGGUGCAUUUCCUUCCCUCUGUCUGUCUGACCUUUCAAUGACCUCAGAGCCCUGCACUGCUGUAGUUUUUAUGUGUGUUGCUGCAUGCCUGCUCCUUUUGUGUGUCCCCCUCUGAGAUAAACGUACCGCUCUGCCAGGUUGAUAAAAUUAACUUUCAGGACGUGACACCAGCUCAGCAGACGUGUGCUCUCUACAGCAGGCGUUAGUUACUGUAUCAGUUGUGGUUUGUUAUGUCCAGGCUGUUAAAAGUAAAGAAAUGAGGGUGUCAUUGAGGAAGUGGUCGUGUUUUUCAUGUGCCUUCCUCUGUAGUUUUUGUCGAUUUAGAGGUCAGACGACGUCUGACAAGUUUUCACUUCUGCAUCUUAAAACCUUGUGUCAAACGGGGUAUUUUUAUCAAACAGACGGCUAGUUUCACUAUUUCAUGGGAGGUCUUUUUUUAACCUGUUUAUCUGACUCAUGUUUCUACUUAUGACACACAAACCUGAAUGUGAGCUCAUCAGAUAUCUUUUGAAGACUUUAUCUUGACGUUGUCCCUGAAUAUAGCUGCCGGUCAAUGUUGUCCCUAAGCUAGUGAUGAGGAAGAAAUUACCAGCUGUUGAAAGGUGGAAAGUCGACCUUUACAUCCGUCUUAAAUGGCAGUGAUGCUAUUUACAGGAAAAAAAAAUCUAUUUUUAAAAUUUCUAAUACGUACUCCUCGAUAAAUGAUAUGUUUAGAGAAAUUAGCCCUGAAACAAAAGGAAAAAGGGAAGAAAGCCAAAGGCGUCCAACAUUACAGGAAACUGUUCACUCUUAACCCACUGUUACACAACUGUUCCUCUGUUUACACUAUUUUCUUUUUAUAAAGUCCCUCUAUGGCCCAGUAGCACAUACUUCAGCUGAACUUUUAUUACCAGCGUCGAAAAGCAGGAAGGAAGAAGAAAACAAGGCAGUAAGUUUUAGCCAAGAAAGCUUCAAAGUCCCGACUGUACACGGGCUGCUCAGCAGCGGAGGGCAGACAGACUCUUUCAGGGGACAAUCUGUAGAUAAAGAGCAACAUUUAGACACCAAAGAGACAGAUACACUUCAAAUACAGAGUUUAGUCUUUGUUCUUGUUUUUUUGAAGUAGCCAAAGUUAAAUAUUCCCCUAAAUGCAUGAGAUUUUUUUUGUUUUGUUUUAUAACUAUAAUAGUAAUUUUUGAUUGUAGUCCAACUACCUAAAAGUUGAUGUCUUUUAGUUUAUUCAUUGUUUAUUCUGGUAGAUUAACAGUGUAUCUUUCAUUUGAGCUCACAAUGGAUUACAGUGUUGGUAAGGAAUCUUUCUGGGUUUUUCCUGAAGAACUCUGUGACCCAGACAUAGUUUAUAUCAUAACAAGUUCUUAAAAAUAGGAUUACUGGCUUCAGGCAUUUUUGCGUACCACUGAACCAUGACAAUAAACCCAAACUCAGUAGGGGAGAGUGGGGUAAGUUGAGCCACCCCCUGUUGCUUGGAAAUGGUAAAAGAAAUUGAUCAUGUGACCUAAUAUUAAGGAGAUGGACAUCAAUUCAUGGAGUCUGUGAAGGUUAGAAGCACAUGGAUGAAGGAGUUAGACAUUUUUCACUCUUGAAAGUGAAUUUAGUCUGUCAUAAGUUUUAUUAGAAUUGUGUUCAGACCAAAAAAAGAUCAUUUUAAAUUUGUUUUACACAUCAAUUGUGGUAUCUAUGAGCUACAACAUGAGGUCAAAAACCUGGCAUAAAAGUCCACCAUUUUAGCUUAGAGGACUAAUAAAGUCAUAAUAGUAGUUCUGGGGUAACUAAGAAAGUAAAGGAGUCUGAUGAGAGGAUCAGAGUUUCAGGUCCAAUUAAUGAAAUGUUUUACUUUUUCUUUUCAAAAUUACAGCUUUGAAUGUUCUGAAUCACUUAAAGGCAUUCUCAUGUUAAAAUGACUUUUUACAAAACAGCUUUUUAGCAACUAUAUGCAAAAAUAAUAGAAAAAGAGUUAUUGUACCAGUUGAAUAGUGUAUAAUAGAUAAAAAUACACAUGAAUGUGAAGAAGUGACUGUUAUUGAGGGAGCAAGAAGGUGAGGGAGGGCUGGGGUGUGUGUGUGUGUGUGUGUGGGGGGGGGGGGGGGGUUGUAGAGAUACGGCUCAACUUACUUUUUUGGCAUGCUAUAUUGUCAAGACAGUUAUGUUUACAGUCAUUCUGUUGGUUUGCAGGGAUGAACAACAUCUUAAAAUAUAUGCAGAUACACUAGUUAGAGACAAAACUAUGAUUGUCCUGAUGUAGUGAUCUGAAAUAUGAAAAAUAGCUCAUCUUAUCCCACUCUCCCCUACAAUGCUGAAAAAGGUCCAAGUCUGUUUGAUGAAAAAAAAACAGGUAAACUCAACAGGAAGGCAGAAGAUGAUAAAUAAAUAUGAGUCAAAAAAUAAUGAGUAAUCUCUUCCUUUGGAUUCUAGCUGGCACGGCACAGCAAGAUCCUGCAGCAGAGCCUGAAACCAGGGUCAGUGUUGGGAUCAGUAUCAGUGGUUGACCCCGACAAUGAGAAGGAUGACGCCCUUCAUUAUUACGCCAAUCACACUGCUCAGAUCGAGGUACACCCGCGUCUCAUCGCCUCUCCCUCUCAGCACUUUAUUAAACAAGCAAAUCCCACCGAACAAAACUCAAAGUAUUUUCUGUGCAAUUGUUCCUCAGAUUGUGCGUCAUGACCGCACCAUGGAGCAGAUUGUGUUCCCAGUCCCUAACAUCUGUGAGUACCUCACUGAGGAGUCUAAGAUGCGAGUGUUCACCACCACCGAGAGAGAUGACCAGGGCAGCAAGGUUAAUGACUUCUUCCAGCAGUUUGACAACCUCUACAACGAGAUGAGGUGGCAGAAGAAGAUCCGCAGUAAGUCUUUAGAUUUUGAAUCCAGUGCUUGGAAAAUAAUAAUGAUGGCGGAGGAAGCAUGCUGCAGAAUGGUAAAUCGUGACUAUUAUCCAUUGUGUAUAGUUAUUGUUAGUCUAGAAUAAAUUGAAGUGCCUCUAGCAAAGUUCAGUGUGUGUGUCACUGAACUCAUGGUUUGUGUGUGCAGAGAACAAGGCUCUGUUCUGGUUCUCGAGACACAUCUCUUUGUGGGGGAGCAUCUCCUUCUACCUGGCCUGUCUGGUCAACAUUGCAGUGGCUGUAUUCUACCCCUUUGGUGACGAUGGAGAUGAAGGUGAGAAGUUUUAAGUCAUUUUGCUGAUCUGUUUGUUUUGACUGAAUCCACGAUGCUGGACAGACGGUGUUGAGUCAAGUUUUAGGCAGGGGUGUGUCCAGAGGAGUGGCCAGGGGGUGGGAUGCCUACCCACCCCCCCCGGUGUCACCAAAAAUAAAAAACCUAAGUAACAAAAAUAAAUAAAUAGAUCCAGUAGAUGCUAUCCAUCUGUGCAUGAAAGGGAUUCCUGAGCCUAAGCUUGAACUGGGCCACUUAACUUAAAAUAGUCUGGACACGCUCCUGCGUUGAGGAAGAUUGUUCACUGUUGUCAGUGUGACAGAUGAACCUCUAUUGAAUUACUAGACCUCCAAAUAGGAGGUUUAUCUGUAUUGAUGGUAACAGCCUUCUUUAAAAAAACAGAAUAUUGAAUUUGUGCUAAAAAUAAGUGUACAGAAGCUCCAAUAGCAGUUUAGGCAUGCCCUACAUACGCAGGUGGCCUGGGUUCACUUCCAAACUUUGGCCUUUUUUUCUGCAUGUCGUUCCCCCGUUUCCGGCUCUAUCCACUGUCCUCUGUCUGCCAAUGAAGGCCAAUUUUAUUUAUUCAAACACUAACACACUUGUUGUAUUAUUCAGCCGAAGAUUAUUUCAGUUUAAUGAACAAAAAUGAUGAGGAAGACACUUAAAAUGACAACAUUUGAAAAUAAACUGAUGAUUGAAAAAAUGAUUGUUUCAGUGUUUAUUCUCUUUGUAAUUUUUAUCUCUUGUCGGAACCAUCUGUCAAUCUAUUAGUCUGCGAACAUUUGCUUUGCUCUUUAUGAACAAAUAAUUACAAACUAAGAUGAAUAUUUUCUAUUUCCUUGGACUUCUUGUGCCUUUAUUCAGGCGAUUGAAGAGUGGGUAGAGGACGAAACUGGAACGAGAACGACACAAAGUCUGAUUUGAACCCAGGCCAUCUGUUUCCGACUCUGAAGCCUGCUAAUGGGGCGGGUUGAACCACUGAAUUUAACAACAUUAUAAGUUAUGAACUGAAGGGGGAAUUUCACUGAGCAGUUUCAGUUUGAGUGUCCUGGUCUUUUGGGUGCUGACUUGCACGCACCCUUGCUCAGAUAUUCAAAUAAAACAGAGUCAUUGUUAAUGUCAUUAGUAACAGCGCGUCCCCAGCUGUCACCGUUCAAAAUACCAGCUGUGAAAAGAUGGAUACUAUGCUCCUUUAAUUGUAUCCUGUUCCUGCAUGACAUUAACUCUCCUGUGUCACCUAAAGUCUCUCAUUUCAGAGCUCAGAACACCCACACAGCUGUUUUUACGUCUCACUUGUCUGAAAAGGCCACUGGAUGGAGUAUGUUGUAAAAAAACAUGCUACGUGAAAUCCCCCUCAAGUUUUACUCGCCUAUGACGUAUAAACUUCGACUUUCAUCAUAAACUUUAUUGCCGUGUUCAGACUGUUGACGUCAGUCAGGUCACUGAAACAUCUGCACUCUGACAUAUUAGAGUUGUUUAUUACUUUUUCUAAUUUUAUGUUUCGUCUCUUUACAUGACAUUCUGUGUUGCAAGAUAACGUUAAGGUUUUGUUUUACAGGCAGUUGCAUCAUGUCAGGGGGAUUUAACGACUAUCUGCAGAUAUAAAGAGUUUGUUUUAACUGUGCAUGUUUUUUUUCUCACUUAAACAUGAGAAAUAUCUCCCCUUUGUCUCUGAUACGUGUUCAAAUGUUUUCCUUUCAUCAAAAAAUCAUCUAUAAGUUACAAUUUCCAAACUGGUGGUUUGCUCAAAAAGAGACGGCUGUUUUGAGUUGGCGGUCCCUGCAGACCACUGUUUGACAUUUGAAAGUGUUGCCUCUGACUGUGUUGUGCUAAGUUAAGCUCUUAGAUCUGUUGAAUUAUUCAUUAAAGAAAUGCCACAGCGUUUUAGGGCGUUGAUGUGUAGUUUCUUGAUUGAUGCUUCGUUCCCCUGCCCAGGCACCUUGUCCCCGUUCUGGAAUAUCUUACUGUGGGUGGCACUGGGGGUGUUUACGGCGUUACUGCCCGUCUUACCCAAGCCCUGGGGCAUCCUGUUCUUCCUGGUGUCCCUUAUUCUACGUGCCAUCUACACCAUGGGCCUCGCUCCUGCCCUGCUGUUGCUGGGUACCAUCAAUGUAAGUAAUGGGGAAACUGGACAAAGAGUUGUCAGUCGAUGAUGAUUAUCUUCUCUUGAGUGUAUUCUUUCUUUUUCAGUUGUUCAACAAGUUAGUCUUUCUAGUAAGUUUUGUGGGCAACCAAGGAACGUUUACUCGUGGCUACAAAGCAGUUGUCAUGGACAUGCUCUUCAUCUACCAUUUGGGCUAUGCCAUCAUCUGCGUCCUGGGGCUCUUUGUGCACGAGUUCUUCUACAGCUUUUUGGUAAGAAACCUCUCUCACGUUGUGUUGUGACUGAAUGAUCAGUGAGGAACUUCAGAGACAAACAUCCUGCUGAAGAAGGAUGGUUCCUCUCAAUCAAUAUGCAGACGACUCACUGAUGUAUAUUUCCUCCCACAGCUGUUCGACCUGGUGAUCCGAGAAGAGACGCUGCUCAACGUCAUCAAGAGUGUGACUAGAAACGGGCGCUCUAUUAUUCUGACAGCUGUUCUGGCCAUUUUCUUGGUGUACUUCUUCUCUAUCAUCGGCUUCCUAUUCUUUAAGAGCGACUUCCGCAUGGAAGUGGACCGCCUUUCUGCUCCAGGUCAGAACUUCUUCAGUCGUCACAACACUGUUUAUCAUUGUGUUACUAUUCCAUGCACAGUUUACACACCAGUGUUUCCAAAUUAGGUCUAUUACUCAGCAGGUACUCCUCACUCAGCUCAUGCACAGAAAUCCCAAUACCUGCGGUUUGUUGAGUCAUCGUUGCACGCAAUACCCCAAAUAUUUCCAAUGAAAAUACAGUCUUUUUUUUUUUUUACUCUAUACAAAUCACCAGAUUUUCUGCAUAUUACACUCUUCUCCUGAGUUUAACCUCAGCUUAUUCAGUCCUUUAUCUCAUGCUCGUAAACAUCUGUGUCCUAAAGGUGCACUUUGUUACAGUGUGCUCAUAAACAUCUGUAGAUGGUACACAGAUUGUUUUUUUAUUUUCUCUCUCUUGUCCUCAAAAUACUUAAAGUGCAUUUACCUCCUUGUUUUGAUUUUCAGCCCUAACUUAUGUGACUUGAAUAACUCAUAAACCUUAAAUAACUCAUAGACCUUCAUCCUUGGUGUUAAUUAUUAUCCAAAAUAAAAUAUAACUAGAUAGGACCUUUUUGGGGGGGAUGAAAAUGUUUCUAUAUAACCAGUCUUCGGAUAAGAAAGGCUGAAUAUGCACACUCGAGGGAAUGUACACAUCCAGACACAUGUUUUGAAAACACACUGCAGAGAGUGGGCGUGUUAAUGAGCUCCGGCGGAGUGCUCUGAUGGUCAGGAAGACAACCUGCUAGCACAUGUGCACCUGUUGCAUAACCUGGUGGCCGUGCCAUUCUGUGUUUUGCUGAAUAGAGCGCAGCAGACACAGCGAAGCAGUGGUGGGUUAUGUAAUCAGCCCAGAUCACGCCCGUCUAUCUGUUAGCUGCGGGGUGAGCUGAGGUGCAACCCUGAGCUCCAUCAAUUCUUGGGAGCACCCUGUCCACGCCGCUGCUGCCCAGAGGCUGUGACCCCUGCACCCUCCCUCAGCACCCCCCUCUACUCCCCCUCUUACUCCCUCCUUUCUCUCUUGUGCCUCAGCUCUGUCCUCUGUGCUCCAGCCUGUCAGUGUAAAAGCACUUUUGGUGACUCUCUGACCCAGGUGUACAGUUCUCCUUCUGCCUGUCUGCCUCAGACAAUCACAUUCAAGAAGAGCUCCUCUGCUGCUCAGGGCCUUGCCGAUGUGCAAAUGAUUUGUUCAGGAUUUUUCAGCACUUCACCGCCCACCAAGCAGCUGCUGCCUCACUUUACAUAAUGUCUGACUAUACCCCUCUCGCUGAUUUUACUGGAGCGAAUGAGAAUUAGCAGGGAGUAGUUUUAGUGCCAGUUGUACCAACUUUUUUCAUUUGUGAAUUUUCAGUGCCGGUUUUAUUCAUAAAACACUGAAUGUUUGUUGUUUUUUGUUUGUUUUUAAGGAAAAGGGGAAUUACUGAGUGGCAAGGGACUUUCUGAGUCAUGUAUGAAAGACAGCUGUUCUGUGACAGCGCCUGGUGAGUUUCACAGAUGCAUUAACAUGUUGGUUUAGUUCAAUCAAACUUUAGUGUAGUUUACCCUGUGUUUUUACUCAUUUUACCUCCCAGUCUUUGCAAUUAUGAAAGCCACUCCUGUGAAGUCUCUUUGUUGGGAAUUGCCCCCUCAUAUUUGAAGAUUUUUUAAAUGAAUGGACAAAUUUAAAGAUUUUGUGGUCCCACCAGGGUGUGGGUGUGUUUGUGACCUUUGCAGCGGUAGUCAGUCCAUGAAAGGUUACUCACACACACACACACACACACACACACACACACACACACACACACACACACACACACACACACACACACACACACACACACACACAGGCGUCCACACAAAGAAACUUGCUGUGGCAGAGGGGGUGACUCACACUCCUGUUUGUUCUGCUGUGUCUCCAUGGAUCACCUGCACCAUAGGGGCUCACACGUGAUUACCUCCACAUCCUUCACCUCCACUUUCUCCUCAGCAGUCAUGCUUUCAUGCAUUUCUUAUUCAUACUACAGGCUCAUGUCAUAUGGGAUAUUAAUAAUUGAUCACACUUCUCCAUAGAUUAUUGAGUUUUUUACUCUCAUUUUGAUCCGUUUUAUUCUCCUUUAUGAGGAGUCCAAGAUGCCAUUUGCUGCAACUUUAGUUUCUAUAUUAACAGACGUCCUUCAAGUUGUCUGUUCAGUGAAGUUGAUAGAGGUGAUAGUUGUUAAUUUUGUGCAAAUUUUUGAUCAUCAAAUGUGAAAUAAAAGGUGUGAGGGUGGUGAUUAACUUCAUUCAUGUUGUGUGCUCAAUCUUUGACUCUUUUUUACUUCAUUUGCUGUAAAUAAGAGGACAAUACUACAAACUGUCUCCUUUUUGACAACAGUUUCUAUGUACUCUGUCAAAAAUACAUCUUUUACUGUCUAACCUCUUCUCUAUCUCUUCUUGGCCCUUCCAUGUGUGUUGUUUGUCUGGUUGUAGAUGAAGAUGAUGAAAUUGAGCGUGUGUGCGACACUCUGCUCAUGUGUAUAAUUACGGUGUUGAACCAGGGUCUUCGUAAUGGCGGAGGUGUUGGGGACAUUCUUAGAAGACCCUCCAAGCAGGUGAGACGACCUCUAGAUAAAUAAGCGUAAGAGUUUCUUAACCCUGAGAUACUCGUGAUUCAUGUAAUGUGCUCACCCGUGUUUCACACCUUUCAGGAGCCUCUGUUCGCAGCCCGAGUGGUUUACGACCUCCUGUUCUUCUUUGUUGUCAUCAUCAUUGUUCUCAACCUCAUCUUUGGCGUCAUCAUCGACACUUUUGCUGACUUGAGGAGCGAGAAGCAGAGAAAGGAGGAGAUCCUGAAAACCUCCUGUUUUAUCUGCGGUAUGUACAGCCGCUAGUGUGUGUUACACAGCGCUGUCUUAAAAGUGAACUUAUUUUAAUGGAGGUCAUGUCUCGCAGGGUUGGAGAGGGACAAAUUUGACAACAAGACCGUGUCCUUCGAGGAGCAUUUUAAAUCUGAACACAACAUGUGGCACUACCUUUACUUCUUGGUUCUGGUGAGGGUGAAGGAUCCAACUGAGUACACGGGUCCGGAGAGCUACGUGGCACAGAUGAUUGCGGUAAGUUGACGUAAAAUUUAUGCAGCAAACACAGAAAAACUAUUACACUCUGUCUCUGUUAUUGAAAACUAAAUCUCGGAUGUCCUUCAAAGUAGAAAUCUGCUCCAGCAUUAAACACCGCAGCUUAGGUUACACUGCAUCUGUAAAAGUGAAGGAUUUGGAGACUGCAUUGCACUAUUACAUUAAGAUGGCAGACAAGGGCAUAAACACACCCAAUCUUUACUAUUCUGCAAACAAGCACAGUUAUCUCACCGCCUAAUUCAUAUUUUUGCUUGUGAGCUUUACCAAUCAGCAUACAGAUGUGUCGGUGUUAAAGUUGUGCAGCCCUCCUCGCUUCUCACUUUUCAGACUUGCAGAGUGUGCUAGAGGAGCGUGAGCCUCCACAGCAGACAAGCGAUCGAAAAAUGAGCCUGAGCCUCUAGGCCUGUGCCAAGCAUCCCAAUUUAUUCUCCUCUCCUCUCCCCUCCCUGCUGGAGAGACAUGGCUCUGUGUGUUCAGGUAGUCUUCACUGUGCUGAGCUCCUAACCUGCUGGGACGCAGAGUGGUUAAAUGGUAAUUAAACUCAGUCUGGCUCUAUUAUCAUCAAUGCACCAACUUGCUGCACUGACACACAGACAAGAAGUUGAAGGAUGUAAGGGCGACUAAAGGUGUUGCUGUGAGGUUAAUGGAUUCAAAUGAAGCCGAGCGGCACAAUGGCACAUUUAGUGAUUAACAUUUGGCCAUGACAGGCAUAAGAAUGGUGGCAUUAUAAUGAACAAUUUGCAUAACAAACAGGUGACAGACAUUGGAUUAAUAUGCAUCAGCAGGUCCUCUAAUAGGUCGACUCUGUGAUACCAGGCCAAAGUAUCUCUGUGUGAUGAGGUAAUGAUGAGUCAGGAAUUUGUACUAACGCCUCCUUGUGUGGCUUCGAGCAGAAAUAGCAGAACAGGGAUGAAGUUGGACAAUACAACUUUGUUUGAACUUGUUUUGUACAUUGUUGAACUUAUUUGAAGCUUUUAUGAAACUCCAUAAACCAGCUAUUCAGAUUUUUAUUCUCAGCGACGAGGAACAUGAAUUGUUUACUUUGGAGCAGUUUCAGUUCAAGUGAUGUUAUUUUUAACUAAGAUGUAUUUCUUUAUAAAUAACUUGAAAAAGAGCUGAAACUUGAAUGUUGUGAUUAGAGACAACCAACUGUUCACCAGUAAGGAUACUGCUUUUCAAACACACAUGGCUUCACUUGUGCAUCCAGCCUUUUCUUCCAACUUUAUUAUCAUAUCAGUCUUUAUUAACAGAUGCAAAAUGACAUAUAUCCUCCUUAUGCAUGAAGAAAUAUUUGAAGAAAGAACACUGAAGUAAUUUUAUGGAAGUUUAAUGUCCCCGUCCUUAAAGAAAGACCUCAAACUAACAAUGAAAUACUUUGAGAGGGUUGCUAUAGAGCACAAUAGAUGUUUAUCAGGGGAAACAAAGCUCAGAAUGGGGUCACGCAUUAUGUUUUAUGAAGGGGAACAAAUGUGUGUUUGAGGCAGGUGGGAGCCAGUUUGCUGUCAAGUGGUACAGAUGCAGAUCACGGAUCGGGCAUGUGAUCUGCUGUUCAACAGGAAAUUUGAAUUGAGGGUGUAUAAUAGCAGUAUUAAUAAGACGACUGUCAUUUUGUGUCCCGCAUGUUCUGACUGUGUGAGUGAUGGGCGGCAGACGCCAAGCUCUUCAGUGUUUUCUUACGAGUGGGGUUUAGCCUAUGAGACAGGUGACUGUCAUUACAGGCUCCUUCAGAACCCGCCUGGAAAAUACCAGUGACAGCAACAUGAUGGCUUAAAUAUCCCAGAAGUAUAUCUACACCAUGAGUUCCCAAUACACAGAGCAGACAUUAAUGGAUGAAGGAGGCUAAUGACCUGGACGGCUUUGCUAUUUAUUUACUUAUUUAAACACAAGUUGCACCAUGUUGGUCCUCCCCUCCUCUGAGCUGCUGUCAGAGACAAAACAUCUGACACAAACACUAAGAGGGCCAGGGCAAUAGAUUCGGGGACAUUUAAAGCUCCUGUAAGGAACUUUUGGCUUGUGUGGAUUUUGGCGCCCCCUGUGGACAAACCAGUCUUUGGUUAACUUCUCCAACAAGAUUUUUUGUACAGUUAAAGGAGUAGAAAAUGUAUGUUACAGGGGUACAGAUAGUCUAGUGGGUUAGUGUGAUCCACGUAUAGGGACCAUGGUUCCAGCAGUGGAUGUGGGUUCAGGUCCAGCCCUGACCAUGGGCUGCAUGUCCUCCCCUCUCUCUUUCUCCCACAUUUUACACACACAUAAAAAAGAAAAUCUAUCAUACAAAUAUCUUGAUUUUCAGUUCCUAAAAGUGAUUUUAACUGUGACCUUUAGUCCCUGAACCUCACCAUGAGAUUUGCGAUCCUUUGCACCCCUACUCAACAUGUUAAGCUCUGACUUUAUUCUGUUCUCAGGCUCUAUGGCAGUAAAGUUUUCCAACAAAGUGUCAACACAAAGCUGCUGUGAAUAAAAACACUGCCCUUUCCUCUCUUUGUUGGUAAAGAGCUAAAACCUGAUGACCUCAACACACACACACACACACACACACACACACACACACACACACACACACACACACACACACACACACACACACACACACUCACUCAAUAACUCUCUCUCUCUUUCUCUCUUCUCUCUCUCUCUCUUUCUCUGUCUCUUUCUCUCUCACACACACACUCUGACUCUCUCAGUGAGUGCAUGAGGUUGCAUAGAACACACUGAUUUGGCUCAUGUUACACUGGCUGUCUGUCUUAUGGGCGUGUUGUGCAUCAGUGAUCGGUGUGCGGGUGUUUGUGUGUAAAAUUAUGACAGCGACUACAGGCAGAGCAGGUACUGCAGCAGCCACAACGCUGUUAUAUAACCCAUCUCAAGUGGCCUGCUAAUAGCUCAGCCCUGCCUGGCACGUGCUCUCCUGUCCUUCUCUCUCUCUCUCUCUCUUUCUCUCUCUCCCUCUCUCUUUAUGACACAUAGACACUAACGCAAAAACACGCACGCAUGCACACACAUCACAUCACAUGACAAAUGAGACAGGACACAGAGUAACUGCCACAUCAUGAACCUGUUAUUUACUUUACAGCACAUGUGACACAUUGCUUGUGACAAAAGCAGCACAAAUGUGUGAGUGUAAGGAAUGAGCCUAAACCUGAUUAAAGGGAGAGGACUGCUUAGAUUCAUAUUUAUUUGUUUUGUUAAUUGUACAGUGGCUCUUUCAAAUUGCUGUCAGUGAGUGUCUGUCUGUGUCUGGUCACUGUAGUAAGUUAAAACGCAUGCACUCUUGGCUUGUAUUCUGUGUAGUGUGUCGAUAUAUAUCUUCACACCAGUCUGUAUCUCUGUGUUCUUUGAUAACUUAAGUUGUACAAAACCCAAUUCCAUUGAAGUUGGGAAAUUGCGAUAAACAUAAAUAAAGACAGAAUACAAUGAUUUGCAAAUCCUUUUCAACCUAUAUUUAAUUGAAUACACUACAAAGACAAGAUAUUUAAUGCUCAAACUCAUAAACCUAAUUUUUUUUUUUUUUUGCAAAUAAUAAUUAACUCAGAAUUUCAUGGCUGCAGCACGUGCCAAAGAAGUUGGGACAGGGGCAUGUUUACCACUGUGUUACAUCACCUUUCCUUUUAACAACACUCAGUAAACGUUUGGGAACUGAGGAGACUAAUUGUUGAAGCUUUGAAGGUGGAAUUCUUUCCCAUUCUUGCUUGAUGUACAGCUUCAGUUGUUCAACAGCCCGGGGUCUCCGUUGUCGUAUUUUACGCUUCAUAAUGCGCCACACAUUUUCAAGGGGAGACAGGUCUAGACUGCAGGCAGGCCAGUCGAGUACCCGCACUCUUUUACUACGAAGCCACGCUGUUGUAACACGUGCAGAAUAUGGCUUGGCAUUGUCUUGCUGAAAUAAGCAGGAGCGUCCAUGAAAAAGACGUUGCUAGGAUGGCAGCAUAUGUUGCUCCAAAACCUUUAUGUACCUUUCAGCAUUAAUGUUGCCUUCACAGAUGUGUAAGUUACCCAUGCCUUGGGCACUAAUGCACCCCCAUACCAUCACAGAUGCUGGCUUUUGAACUUUGCGUUGAUAACAGUCUGGAUGGUUCUUUUCCUCUAUGGCCCGGAGGACACGAUGUCCACUAGUUCCAAAAACAAUUUGAAAUGUGGACUCGUCAGACCACAAAACACUUUUCCACUUUGCAUCAGUCCAUCUUAGAUGAGCUCGGGCCCAGAGAAGCCAGCGGCGUUUCUGGAUGUUGUUGAUAAAUGGCUUUGGCUUUGCAUAGUAGAGUUUUAACUGUAUUCACUGACAGUGGUUUUCUGAAGUGUUCCUGAGCCCAUGUGGUGAUAUCCUUUACAUAUUGAUGUCAGUUUUUGAUACAGUGCCGCCUGAGCGAUUGAAGGUCAUGGGCGUUCGAUGUUGGUUUCCGGCCGUGCCUCUUAAGUGCAGUGAUUUCUCCAGAUUCUCUGAACCUUUUGAUGAUAUUAUGGACAGUAGAUGUUGAAAUCCCUAAAUUCAUUGGAAUUGUACUUGUUGAAAAGUUGUUCUUAAACUGUUUGACUAUUUGCUCACUCAGUUGUUCACAAAGUGGUGAACCUCACCCCAUCCUUGCUUGUGAAUGACUGAGAAAUUUUGGGGAAAGCUGCUUUCAUACCCAACCAUAGAACCCACCUGUUCCCAAUUAGCCUGCUCACCUGUGGGAUGUUCCAAAUAGGUGUUUGAUGAGCAUUCCUCAAGUUCCGCAGUAUUUUUUUGCCACAUUUCCCAAACUUCUUUGUCACGUGUUGCUGCCAUCAAAUUCUAAAGUUAAUGAUUAUUUGCAGAAAAACAAUAAAGUUUAUCAGUUUGAAGAUUAAAUAUGUUGUCUUUGUAGUAUAUUCAAUUGAAUAUAGGUUAAAAGGAUUUGCAAAUCAUUGUAUUCCGUUUUUAUUUACGAUUUACACAUCUUCCCAACUUCAUUGGAAUUGGGUUUUGUACAUCAGUGUCACUCAUCAUUCGAAGCCCUCUAUUUUGCUUUUUUAAGAUUAAAAUGUAAAUUACUGUAUAUUAGGUAUACAACUCUGAAUUUGUUUGUAAGGCACCCAAAGUUAGAGCUGCAGCUAUGUUAAUGUUAUUUUAAUUUAUAACUCAGCAUGACAUUGAUGGUACUGUAGCAAUGGGUUAUUUCAUGGUAAGUUGGUUUUAUUACUUAAAUUUUUUUUUGAGAGACAUUAUUUCUGAGCAUUUUACUAUUUUCUGCUUUACCCAGUAUUCUAAGAAAUACCUCUGAAGCACUUAAAUCAUAAAGUGUCAAAUCAUAUCUAAAAACGUAGCUGAAAUGUUCUGCCUUACUUCCAACUUUUCUGUGUUGAUAGGCUUAUGGAUUAUCUCUUAUUGGUUUGUUAUUAUUGAAAUAAAUCACAAAAUAGCAAAUCAUUAAUUGUAAAUAAACUUUACAAAACUUGAUGUUUGGAAGAAGUAUAAUAAAACUUUGCGCUACCUUUUAACCAAACCAACUAAUCUAAACAUACUGCAAAGCAUUAAACAUUAGAGUAUAUUGACUUGGAGUUCAAAUGCAAAUUAAUUGCUGCGUAUAAAACAUAUGGGACAUUGUCAGUAUUUGAUGACUUGGUAAAUUUACAAUAAUGUCUGAUAUUGGUGACAUUUAAUGUGGUUGUCACAGAACAUUUUGGGCACUUUUUUACUGUGUGUGUGUGUGUGUGUGUGUGUGUGUAUGUGUGUGUGUGUUUGCUGUGGCUCUCUACACAGCGACAGAGCAUGAUGUAUGCUGGGAAACACUGGAGGUGUAUGGUGAAGGUGUCACAGUGAGUAGCACAUGCUCACUGAAGUGUUCAAAUGAUCAGUCAAGCAAACUUAAAGCCUCGCCUCAUUCAGACAAAGCGGCACAGCACACAGUGGACAAUCCCACAGUGAGAUUAUGGUCAGAAGACAGGAGUGGGAUCAUUUAGAGUCUGUGCAAUCGUUUUUCAACCCUAUCUCAUUAAUGUGAGGAUGACGUUUCCUCUGAUAUGUAUGCUUAAGUGGGAUGCUGUAGUCACCUUUGAAUAAUAAAGGGCUCUUAAACGAAACUCUGUGGUUUCUUAAUCCAUCAGUUGUGGAUGACUUGAUAAAAGAAUAAUCAGACAGUCCUCAGUUUCAACGAUCUUGAAGCUCACAGAGGCAUCAUUGUGGCUGUAAAGCUGCAAGGCAGGAAACUUUUCUUUUUAUUCUACCAGCCCCUUGAUGCCAGAGGCCCAAAUUAGCCCAAGAUUUACAUGCAGUAGAAGGACUGGAUUCAUACUGUGACGCUCAGCGGUCAUACUUAAUCGGACUGACUGCUUGCUCUGUGUGCAGCUGUAGAAAAAGUUUUCUGUUCGAAUAUACAAAUUAGCCAAAGUUCAAAGUUAUAAACGUAGAAGAACCAAAACCUGAAAAAGAGGAGUGAGAACAUAUGAGAAAGCUUUCAACUUGUGUCAGCAAAUGAUUUUGUUAUCUGUUAUCACUUGUUUUUUUUUUCUACCCUAAGAAAGAGUGAGAACACUCUCGACUCUGUCUCAAACAAGACUGAUAAAAGUGGCACAUGGAGUUACGACUGAAAGGCUGCUAAAUGUCCCUCAGAGUAAAAGUAUAAGUACUCCUGAGGGAAAACAAUGUACUAUUUCCAAGCUGACUGACCCUUGUGUCUUGUUUGGACUUUGGGACUCUCCUUUACUCUCAGUUUGAUCUCAGUUAGCUCAGACCUGAUGUAGACUUAUUUAUUUUUAGAUUAUAUUUUUGCAUCACAGGUGCUUGCACUCACAGGUGCAGUCUUGCUACUGUAUUGAGGCACAGUCCAACCUCUGUGUGACCUCUUUGCCUUGUUUGCACCAUAAAUAUGUGUUCAUUCCUGUGAAGUUUCACUCUUUCACUGCUGUGAGAUUCCUAGAUGACUCUCUUAAGACCACCAAGUGCCUGUUGUUGCAGGAACCUGGGCACAUGCAGUGGGAGCACAGUUAGUUCUUGUAACAGUGAACUCUGUCACAGUUUCACAGUUUCAGGACCUCCUGAAAACACCAUUUUCCUUGGAAAACUCUUAUUGAAGGAUUGAAUAUUGAAAUGGUUUAGCAUUUUUGGGUGACUGUAAGAAAUGUCAUUAAAUUUUAGACUAAAUUCUGAAAUUCUGAGUUUAUUAUUUGCAAAAAAAAAAAAAGUUUAUGAGUUUGAACAUUAAAUAUAUGUCUUUGUUGUGUAUUCAAUUGAAUAUAGGUUGAAAAGGAUUUAAAAUCAUUGUAUUCUGUUCUUAUUUACAUUUAUCACAACUUCCCAACUUCAAUGGAAUUGGGUUUUGUGGUUGAAAAUGGGAUGGGUCUGAUCUUAUAAGAUGGGGCUUAUCUCAUCUUUACACUGGGUCUUUGUAAACAGAGUCUAGUCCAGCUUUAUUGUUGAGCAUCUUGGGAUUGCACUUGAUGUGAAUCGGCGCUACAUAAAUAAUGAUUGAUUGAUUGACAUAUAAUCACUGAAUUAAAAACUGGGAUAAGCUGAUCAGGACCGCAAAGACUGCAGGAAGUAUAGAAAACACGAGAAUAAUCAGUUAGAUGACUUCUAAUGUAAGAUUGUAUGCUGUAGUUAUCUGUUCACCAUCGGUGAUAAACACAAGAUCAGGCGGGCCUUUGGAAGUUCUCUAAUCUCAAGUGUAACCAAUGUGGUCAUAAAAAUACAAUCAGUUUCAAUAUGAGUGUGUAAACUAUGUAAUAUGAACAUUAAAGCAUUCACUGUUUUACUGCUAGACACUAAGGUGAAAUAUAUGUGGACAUGUUUGUGUUGAUGUUUUUCAUGGUUAGACCAUAGGCAUUCAUCUCAUCUAUAUAUGAUGAUUAUCUUAAAGCCAGUGGUUUUGCCAGCUUUGAAAACGUCCACAGUAUUCUGACUGGCUCUGUCUCAAUUUAAAGAAAGACUUUGUCAGUGCUAGUCCUGAUUGUUUACUUGUGUCUGUUUUAAGGAGUUAUUCAUAUGCCACUGGGAAAAGUGUGUUAACUAACCAACAAAGGAAACAAAAACAAAUACCCACACGCUGUUCAUCCCUCUCAACCCUCUGAUUCUCCUCGUCUUCAGUGGCGUCUAACACUUAGAUUUUUCUCUCCCUAGUCUAUUCUUAUAUAAGAGGAGGUGGGAGAAUUCCUCAAUCCUCCUACUGGACUGACUGUGGUGCCUGUCAAAUCCCACUCUGAGCACCUUUAAAGUCCUUUUUAUCUGAAGAGGUGGCACAGGAAGAUUACAUAAGAUCAGCUGAUGGCGGUCUGUCUGUGUGACACCUAUCUCGCUGAACGCACGUUGAGCACGCAUGUUGUAAAACACACACCCCUGCGCACAGUCUGCUGUGUACAUAUCCAUGCAGAUGCACGCCAACAGUACACACGCCCACACAUGUACAAACACAGACGCACUUAAGGCUAUUACAUAAUGCUAUAGGUCGGUUUGGCUCGCUGAUUUCUCAUGGCAUCAUUGCAGACAGUUUCCUCCGUCCGCUACAACGUCUGAAAAGCAGGUAUUAAAACACGUUUCUCAGAUUUGGCAUGACUCACACAUAUGGAUAUCACUAAACUCCCAGUUGUUUUCCAUAGAUGACAGUGAGUCAUUUCCCGUGUGUUUUGGGAGUGGGUGAGAAUUGAAAAGCCAGUUACUGAUUAUUAAGUGUGCAAUUGCUACCUGCAGUCCUCAAGAGACAGAAAAAAUCAGUCAGAGUGAAAGAGCUGUUUUUGGUGGAUUGAUAAAUGUUAAACCUCCACUCUUGUCUACAACCUCUUCUCUGCUUCUUCUCCUCAUGUAGCCCCACUUUGACACCCCAACACACCCCUCGUUUCUAUGUAAAUCCCUAUCCUGGCUGUAUGUCUGUCUGUCUCUCUGUGCCAACAUUCUCCUGCCUUGACCCACUGAGUCAGCUCUAUUUCCGCCUUUCUCAUUCCCCUCACCGUUCACGCUGCUCCUCUUACACCAUGUCCCAUCUUCCUCUCCUCUCUCCUCCCAGGAGAAGAACUUGGAAUGGUUCCCCCGAAUGAGUGCCAUGUCUCUGGUGAGCAGCGAGGGAGACAACGAGCAGAAUGAGAUGCGCUCUCUGCAGGAGAAGCUGGACAGCACCAUCACUCUGGUGGCACAGCUGUCGGGCCAGCUGGCUGAGCUUAAGGAACAGGUAGGGUUCAUCUCAGUGAAGAUAUUUUUGUUGGUAUAAAACACGAGGAAUAAAACAAGACAUCUGAGGGAACAAAUAAACAUGUUUAUGGGGCGCCUUAGUCUGGGAAAAUCCUUUUCUAUGAUGUCAAAGUCUGCUACUGUCUGAAAAUGUCUCAAGAAAAUAGCAUCCUCCCCCUCUUCUGCAAUAAAGACAGUCCAUUUAACAGGAAGACCGCAUCCCUUUCGGGUUUUUUUCUGUUCAUUUGAUAAAGUUUUUGAAUUUUCACUCAGUAUAGGUCCUUUUUCAUCCUCUUUUUUUUUUACUCCAAGAUACAAGACCUACACAUUACCACGGAAGCACAACAGGAUAUUAGUGUGUGUAAAACAUGCUGAACAGCAAUGAUUGAUCAAUACUUUCUCCUGUUUUUGAACAAAAAACAACGGGGGCUGCAAAUUACAUACUAUUUCAUCUACACUACAGUAGAAGUGCAAAAAGAUUCAGAAGAAGAUCAAGAACAAUGUAAACAAUGAGGACCUUGAGGUGAAAAAAAACUCUUCUUCUGCUUUUUUUGCACUAUUUUAACCACGGCAGCACAACAGGAUAUUAGUGUGUGUAAAACAUGCUGAACAGCAACAUGACAUCACAAUCAAACCACUGUGCUCCAUACCGUCACCAUAUCUCACGCCAUGUCUUAAACAUGAGUGAACAUUGCAGAGUUUCCUGAUCUCCUGCAGGCCUGUAAACAAGAUCUUGUCAAGAUGAUAUCUGCUCAGCUAAUUUUAGCACAUUCUCCGUGAACUUCACAUGCUGCCUGACCUCAGACUCCCUCCACCUAAACGUGCCUGCAGGGCAGGAGGUCCCAUGGCAGGGCUGGUGUCUCGAAAUUUAGAUGGAUCCAUUCAGACCUGCCUUGAUAUUUGUGAAUGCAGCAUGACAGGUGACUAUCACAUUAACAACUGACACCACUGAGAGCUGCCAGUGAGCCUCUGGCUGUUUAUAUGACUCGCUCUGCUGCUGCUGCUGCGGUGUGACUGAUCACUCUCAUCACCUGCCUCCCCUGCAUGUGAUUCCAGUCACAGGCCCAUCCUUGUUCCUCUUCUGCCAGCUGUUGGAAAACAGCCCAAACAAACAAAACAACAACCUCUGUCGACCUCUAUAAACUGUUGGUCUGGUAUGUCUCCCUGCUGGCGGGGCUUUCUCAUGUAGCCCCUGAAAACAACAAGUCAGUGUGCAGUUGAAGACAUCUAAGCUUAACCUCUGACCUGCAAGAUGGCUCAACUGCAGGGCGUUUAUCCCUCUAAUGUUGCCUCUCAGCAGUUUAAAAUGACUAAUUUGUAGUCAUGGGUUUAGAGAGGGUGUCACUCCUCCUUUCUGAUAAACAGAGGUUGAGGUGAGAGUGUUUAUCCUGGCUGAACCACAGCACAGUCACAAGCCUGCUCAGCGCACUAGCUCUGAACUUCAGCUCCCUCUGACAGGGAGGAAAGUGCUCCUGCAGCUCCUCCCUUGUUACGGCCUCUGCUGAUCUCAUCAGAGGAAAACACAACAUGUUUACCAGCUUUUAGAAAUUUAGAGUAUGAUCUUCUUCACUCAAAGUUCAAAUAGACAUAACCACCUGAGAAACAUGGAAACUUUGUCAUGUUCAUAACAGCAAAAACACAAGUUUGUUGUCCUUUGUAUGCCACAUGGAAAAUUAAAAGCUGCUCCAGGUUGAUGUAUUUUUGUUUCUGUCUUGUCCACAGAUGACAGAACAGAGGAAGAACAAGCAGAGGCUUGGAUUCCUGGGUCCUCCUCAACCUAACCAUCAUAUGCCAACCCACUGAGGGACUCCAGGUUCAAACCAAGCACAAAGAUCGGACCUCUGACUGCAAGACUGGGGUUGGAACCAGAUGGAAAAUGCAGACACACACAUAAACUUUAGCCUUAAGAACAAUACAUGUACUAUAAGUGCAUUUAAUAUACUGCAAGAGGACAGCCAGUACAGACACAUGCUUCUGACACGGUGCCUUUUUCUGUGAUCCUGCCUUAUGGUAUACUAACUGUUCCUUAUUCACCGCUGGGGGCACUUCACUGGCCGUCCACACACCCUGGUGCAGGAACACUGAGUGACUGACCUAGCACAGCAUGGCACACAUCAGCCAGUGUAGUGUUGGAGUGCUGGGCAGAGGUCAAGGGUUGUUAAGGAAAGGUUAAUGGUUAAGUGCUGUCAAGCCAGUGGAUGUCUGUGAUUCAGCCGUCUCUCCUCUGCCGUCUCUCUUCAGCUGUUUCAGAGCUGAUGUGUCAGAGAGGGAGAGAGAGCCGACUGGCUGCACAGCCGGUGAUUGGCGCUCAGCAGUGAAGUUUGGGGUUUCUUGCAUGACUGAUUGGCCUUCAGGGGGAAGUGAGUGAGUGAGAACAUCAAGUUCCCCCCCCUUACGAAUCUCUGACUGUAUUUCUGAGAAAAUGUGCAGUUCAUAACUGGAGUAUUAUUUUUGUAUAUUAAAGAAGUCAUGCUGCCUACUCAUUAACUUUUAUAAACAGUACAAUCACUAAAUGUGCACUUUUUAAAAAAGGGUGGAAAUAAAAACCUGUAACUGGACACAGAGGUUAGAUUUGGGUGUUAACUUUUCAUGCUUCAUGUUGUGUCUAUAAAUACAUCAUUUCAGUUGUCUUUUUACAGAUUUCUAUAAAGUAUAUAAGUAACAUAAAUGUGACUAAAGUCAUGAAAACCUGUGCGAAACUUACUUGAAAUGUAUUUUUAAAAUUGAAUUUUACAUUGGUACGUAUGUAGUACUGAAGAGAGAUGGUAAGCCUACAGCUCUGUGUUACAAAGCAGCAUACACUGUAAAACAUACUGUAUCUACCACCACCUUCUUUGUCUGUGAUGUCUUUUAUAUGUAAAUCCUUCUCACUCAUGUCUUUUUGACUGUGAUUGAUUGUUAAGUCCAAUUUUUUAACUUGCACAAACUAAUGGCAGAUGAUGAGUGCAUGCAUUUGAUGCUAACUCUCCUGUGUCACGCUUGCAAACAAACUGUAAAAAAAAAAAAAAAGUGUUUUAUGUGGUCAGGUGUUGUAAUAAAUUCAUAACAAGAGUCAGUGACAUGCUUUGAGUCAAAAGUUUGCUCUUA